AUGAACGGCGGCCGGCACCGUCCAUCUCACAGAAACUGGACAGCGGAGCUCAGUGGAGCCCAGCGGAGCCCCAGAGCAGCCCAGCUCAGGUUGGAGGGACGCCGCAGGGACAGAGCCUCUCCUCUGGGAUGAGGAAUUCUGUCCCCUGGCUGUCAGCCUCUGGAGAGAAGCUGGGGGGGCUACUAAUAAAGUAUUCAGAGAGGAAGUACUGUAGUAUGUACAGUUUAGUCAUUUGGACAGCUAUUGGUCUAUACUGUAGUAGCCUAUGUACAGCCACAUAGAGACUGCACAGCAAGUUCUCCAGUGUUAAAUCAACAAUAACCACAUUUCCAUCCACAGUUUUUAUGCGAGUAAAGUCAUACCGUAUAAAAAACAAUCACCACAGCUGUGAUGGAAACAGGAAGUUUCGGUACAAUUUUAUAAAUGCCGACAUGAUUUGUACGUUCGACAUGGUGGGAUCUUUUUGUGUCUGUAAAAUUAAUUAUGCGAGAAAUGGCGGUGGAAAUGCCUUUAUGCGUAACUAUUGAUAUAAUAACCAUAAUAUUGAAGUAAACUUGGAGUCACGCGAUGAUAUGGGUGUGUGGUCCUCCCACUAUGACUCGGGAAACCUUAGGCUACAGAUGAAAUAAGUUAUGAUGAACUUCAAAGGGUGGUGAAAGUGUACAGUGAUCUUGAUGCUCUUUUCCAAUAAAUAUCGAGGGUCUUAUUCUGGUGACAUGAUGAUCGAUGCUUGACUGCCGUUUGACAAAUACAAAUAUUUAUCCAUAAUAAUCUCAUAAUGUAGACUAGCCUACCCACACAGCCUAACCACACUGUAUCUGCCAGCUGUUGGCUAGAGCGCACAUGCCAAGACCAGAGUAGGCACAUUUGCUAUUUAACGCAACCGUUUUUGUGAUAUACUGUAACUAUCGGUAGAGUUGAAUAUGCGAUGGAAACAAAUUGAACUUUAGAUUUUUUUAUUUUGUGUGUGCUACAGUAUGUCAUCACCCACUGAUUUUUAUCCACAACAAGUCUGUUUGGUGGAAACACACCACUGGUGGGAAAAUAUGCAUAUUUUCUUUAUACUGAUUCUAGAAUAUUUGCAUGAAAAUCUGUCACCAAUUAGACGGAAAGAUAGCUACUGAGAGUGUUAAAUUAACACUGAAUGUGUGGACCCGUAUAAACACUGGAACAGUGUUAAAAAACAAUCAUACUAAGUGACCCAAUGCCUGCAACCCAGCAGUUGGGUCAUCCAAACAACCCAGUAUGUACGGUAUGUCCUCAAAAUAAGGCCUUAUGAAAUACAUAUUGUAUUGUUAAAUAAUUACAUUUUAAUGAUAACCUAUUCACUUAGGAUCUCACUUGGUGAAGUCCAUAGGACUGAAAAUGGAUGAAUGCAACAAGCAUGUCUCUGUCACUAACAAAUUCACAGUUAUGGGUGACAACUCUACAAUUCACUCGAAAGGCACUCUGGGAAAUAUGCUAAUAAAGCUUUACACUAAGCAGUGUGUUAAUUCAACACUGUUAAGUGUCUAUACCGGUCCACACUUCUAGUGUUAAUUUAACACUGGGGAAUUUGCAGUGUGUAAUAAAGCAUUCAGAAAGGAAUCAGAGGAAUGCUGUACUGUAGUGUACAGUCAUCUGGACAGCUAUCUACUGUAAAGUUGCAUUCCAUAUGUCCCCAACAUGGCUAUUGACUAACAACAUGGCUCUAUUUCUAAUCAAAAUGUCUGUGUCUUGUCUUGUUUACAAUUAUGAGGACAUAAUUUGCAGUUAAACGUAAGGUGACUGCUGUCUUUAUGAUGUUCUGUUAAAAGGCCUUGUAAAGGACAGCCGUUUUACAACUCUCAGAAUCCCUUUUAAAAUGUCCAUUAAGCCCCAUGGUGAACUCUGAAGAUUUAUCACAUGCUGUCUGUCGCCAGCCAAGCCAUGUGUUAUAGGUUUGUUUAUUUUGGCAGUUCGCUCUGUUUAAAAUGUAACAGGCCAUGUUUUGUGGCUACACUGUUUUGAGUGUGCUGUGUCGCCGGUAAAAGAGGCUGGUGAAUUGGAUAUCAGUAUGGUGUCUUGGGUUGCUGUCAAAACCAUGCAGAAGCUCUCUCUCCUUCUCUAUUUCUUUUUGUCUUAAUAUUAUUUAUCUCGCUCCCUUUCUUAGUCCUUGCUCUCUUUCUAAAAAAAACAGACAUGCACAGUCAUUCACACACACACGCUACAAAACCUGCAUAGCUCUCAGCAGACCACCACCUGAACCUGGAUGCUCCCACAUCAUCCCUUACUAGGAAAAGCUCCAAAUAGCCUAUGGUACAUCAGAGCCUUGUCUGUAGCUGGCCUACGGUACAUCAGAGCCCUGUCUGUAGCUGGCCUACGGUACAUCAGAGCCUUGUCUGUAUCUGGCCUACGGUACAUCAGAGCCUUGUCUGUAGCUGGCGUACGGUACAUCAGAGCCUUGUCUGUAGCUGGCCUACGGUACAUCAGAGCCUUGUCUGUAGCUGGCCUACGGUACAUCAGAGCCUUGUCUGUAGCUGGCCUACGGUACAUCAGAGCCUUGUCUGUAGCUGGCCUACGGUACAUCAGAGCCUUGUCUGUAGCUGGCCUACGGUACAUCAGAGCCUUGUCUGUAGCUGGCUUACGGUACAUCAGAGCCUUGUCUGUAGCUGGCUUACUGUACAUCAGAGCCUUGUCUGUAGCUGUCCUACGGUACAUCAGAGCCUUGUCUGUAGCUGGCCUAUGGUACAUCAGAGCCUUGUCUGUAGCUGGCCUACGGUACAUCAGAGCCUUGUCUGUAGCUGGCCGACUCAUCUGAUUUAUUUUUACAACGUCUUGCUCUGUUUGAUAAAACUGUUUAGCAGUCAGAAACAGGGUCCCGAGAACUUUGGCCGGCCAGCCGUUGAUGCUGCUGGAGAAAGGUCAGAUGGGAUCGGAGCUAAACACCUUGGCUUGCCCUCUAGUCUGCACUGUAAAUCCUAGACUUAAUGUCCACACUGGUACGUGUGUGUGCAUGUCUGUGAAAAACAGAGAGAGAAAGAGAAGUGAUCUCAAUCCCACCAGUACCUCCAAGCCCUUUAUCUAAGACGUUCCUAUGAGGCUGAGUGUUACAGUAAGCUGGCAUGGGUUAGGAGAGCAGAUGGUACGGUUGGGAUGCCCUGUGGUGGUGUAAGUACGUCAGGGCGGCUCUCCUCUCCUCUUUUCUCUGGUAAACCCGUCCUCCGCUCCCGCUCUCGCUCGCUGCGCUCGUCAAAAACUGCCAACUCAGCAUUCUUUCCAAGCUGCCGCAUUUUCAUAGUCUUAAGAGCUUACAUGGAUGGCUGGCUUUCAUUGCUGGCCUGGCCAUCCGUUGGCCGCUGUGCGUGUGCGUGUGCGUGUGUGUGAUUCAAAUAAACCAAGAGGCCAGUGCCAAGAAUAUGAUGCCCUUUCUUUCUCCCUGCUAGCUAAGGGGGCUGAAGGGAAGUGCAAGAAGGCAGUACAAGGAGGCAGUAGGGAGCAGACCUGGGUUCAAAUCUUUUAAAUACUUUGAGUGUUUGCUUUGCUUUUUUGGGACUUUUCUAUUGGUUCUAUUGCAACAGGCAAGCUCAAUCAAGUAUUUGAAAUUAUUUCCAAUACUAUUGAACCCAGGUCUGCUAGGGAGGCGAUUGGGAGUCGGUCGGUAAGGGUUGAUUGGAGGCAGUAAGGGUUGGUGAGUUGAUUACAACAAGUGGUCAACACAUUCCCCCUGUUCCUGUUCCUCUUAGAAAAUAUGUGAUAUUUUCUAACGCAUCCGUGUGUCUAGUUAGGAAUUACACAUGUUGUCUUACUUUUAAUACAAUCACCGUGUUGGCACAUUUAACACAUGAUAUGUGUAUAUUUUUUAAAAACAGUGAUUAUUUUAAAAGUAACACAUCAUCCCUAACUAGACACACGGAUGUGUACAUUUUAUUUAUUUAUUAUCUGUACAUGCAAAAUAUCCUUCUUGAAAGAUGUCAAACAUGUUAGUGCUAGUUAGAUACACAGUUCAGUGAAACCUACUCAGACAAUUUUGUACCUGAGAUCAGACUUUUGUUGGCUAUGGUAGCGAUUUAUACCUUGUUAGAGGCAAAAAUGUACCUCUACUAUAGACAUUUAAACUGGUACAGCACUCCCAAUCACGGGUGGCCAAUAAUAACUACCUGAAAGCUAUGUCCCCACUAAGCCAUGCCUCCAAUAUAAUUUCCCAGUGUGCCUUGUCUUGUUGAGUGAAUUGUAGAGUUACCACCCAUAACAGUAUGAUGCCAGGACAACAACCUCUCCCUCAACGUGAGCAAGACAAAGGAGCAGAUCGUUGACUACAGGAAAAGGUGGGCAGAGCAUGCCCCCAUUCACAUUGAUGGGCUGUGGAGUCAAGAGCCUCAAGUUCCUUGGUGUCCACAUCACUAAAACUAUCCUGGUCCAAACACACUAAGACAGUUGUGAAGAGGGCAAGACAAUGCCUAUUCCCCCUCAGGAGACUGCAAAGAUUUGGCAUGGGUCCUCAGAUCCUCAAAAAGUUAUACAGCUGCACCAUCGAUAGCAUCCUGACUGGUUGCAUCACCGCUUGGUAUGGCAACUGUUCAGCAUCCGCCCGCAAGGCGCUACAGCCCAGUACAUCACUAGGGCUGAGCUUCCUGCCAUCCAGGACCUCUAUACCAGGCAGUGUCAGAGAAAGGCCCUAAAAAUCGUCAAAGACUCCAGCCACCCAAGUCAUAGACUGUUCUCUCUGCUACAGCACAGCAAGCGGUACCGGAGCGCUAGGUCUAGGACCAAUUGGCUCCUUAACAGCUUAUACCCCCAAGCCAUAAGACUGGGAAGGUUGAACACCAGAUGGGCUGCAGCAUUCUGGAUGAGUUGUAGGGGUUUAAUGGCACAGGCAGGGAGCCCAGCCAACAGCGAGUUGCAGUAAUCCAGACGGGAGAUGACAAGUGCCUGGAUUAGGACCUGUGCCGCUUCCUGUGUAAGGCAGGGUCGUACUCUCCGAAUGUUGUAGAGCAUGAACCUACAGGAUCGGGUCACCGCCUUGAUGUUAGCGGAGAACGACAGGGUGUUGUCCAGGGUCAUUACAUACUGUAUCUCAUAAGGCUUUAUUUUGAGGGAGAGUUUAGCCUUAUACAUUGGCCUCAAACUCAUGGUUUACAAGCCACAUCAGGCCUGCAAGUGGGGUUGCAACAUUUCAGUAACUUUCCCAAAAUUUCCCAGGUUUUCCAGAAUUCCUGCUUAUUCCCUCCCAUUUUCCAAGAAGUUCCCAACUGGGAUUUCUGGAAAUCCUGGGAAAGUCACCAGAAUUUUGCAACCCUACCUGCAAGUCACAUUAUGCUGGCUUGCAGAGUGAUGUGUAACUCCUAUUGGAAUCCCGCCAGUGCUAGGAUAUCCAACAGUUGGAAUUUUUAUUUAACCUCAGAAUGACUGCCAGGGUUAAAUAUAUUGUUCUUCUCCUCCGGAGUUUAACGGCGGUUGGCUUCCAAUAUGUUGCAUUACCACCCCCAACUGGACUAUAAUAUAAAUCCAUUAUACUUUGUGAUACAAAAUGGAAAAAAUAUAUACAAAAUACAUAAUAACAAUACAAAACCUAUCUUCCAACUAGCCCUACACUCAUUAAAAACCCACUACCCCAUUCCACUACUUUGAGCCUAUCUUAAAUAUAUUGUGAGGAGACUACCUAAGCCAUUUAAACUGAAACAACCAUUUCAGUAAUGGGUGCAAGAAAAAAAUCUAACUAACUGAUUGGAUUAGUUUAGAAAAAUUGAUGUUAUUUCUCUUUGUGUGGCAUAAGAUUAAUCAAUCAAUGUAAAUGCAAAGACACACAAAAAAAAAAAUCGACCUGCAGUACAGCAUGCUGGGAAAUAUGAUAAUGAUUAUGGUAAAAAUAUGCCUAACUAGCCUUACUUCUUGAAAACUUGUCUGAGAGAAUAAAUCAGGAAUAAAAUGUUGCCAUGUCCUCUCCGCAUUAGCCUCAAAUGUUCACCUCAUUCAGAUAAAGAGUAAAUGUACCUUGUUUCUUGUUUCGUAUUCCUCCUGCUGCCUGGCUGAGGCUCAGUCCAGGCUGUCAGUUGUCACUUCACUUAACUUUUAAUUGCAGGAAUUGACUCAAAAUGUGUUGAAUCUUUUACACAAAUCAUGUUGUGUCAACACAGUGAUUGUGUUUAAAGUAAUGCAGCAUGUGUCGUCCCUAACUAGACACACAGAUGUGUUAAAGGAAUAACAUUAUUAUCCAAGAGUGUAAGAUCUGCUCUCUCUCUCUCUCUCUCUCUCUCUCUCUCUCUCUCUCUCUCUCUGCUUAAUUUCAUCAUUAAUGGGUUUAGAAUUAAUUACACCUCAUUAAGCCCCUGUUUUACUGGGCGCUUACAACAUAUUUAAUCACUGUUUGGUUCCUGCUUGGCGUUGAUUUAGUCAGAUGCUCCUUUAGAAUCACAGGGGUGCGAGCUGUGUGUCUGGAGGGUGUGUGAGUUUAUUUGUACAUGGUUUAAUGACCAGCCAUUGUGUGGUCUGGCCUCUUAGCAGUAGUCUUAGCUCUAGGGGGGUUCUCUGCUUGUGUUUACUGCUUUGACUGACUACUCUCUCUCAAAUUCAAUACACUGUAGAAGGGGUACUGUGAAUUUGACAGUAGCUUACAGGCAGCUCGGUGGCUGGUAAAAUUCUGUAUUUCAUAUUACAGUACACCUUCUGUAAUAUAAAUAUGGGAUCAAAGCAAGUACUGUGUAAUGACUAAGUAAAAUACCGUAAAUGUACUGUAUUAUACUGUAAAAUAAAUAAAUAUGGAUGCUACCGUAAUGAAUGGAUGAAUUAAUUAAAUUCAUUGAGGAGAGGGUUUUGUAUUUCACAGUAGUUUACUGUAAUUACAAGGAAUUGGUGCAAGUAGGUUGGCUGCUAGUUCUGGCUGUUUGCACAUUAGUAUGUAGUAUUUUAUAUAACUUGCAAUUCUAGAGGUUUUAACAAAGGCUUCCAAACUGGCAGCGACCACAUGGCAAAACAGACCAAAAGGACAUGGCAAAAUGCUUAACCAUUUAAGGUCAACUUAUUCGUUUUUUCCUAAAAUAAUUAAAACAUUAACAUUUCAAAUCAGUUAAAAAUUCAAAAUAAUAAACUAUUCAAACAAUAGUUAAUCAAUCCAACUUAAGCUAAGAGAAAUACAAACAACAAGAAAAAUAAACAAUUAGUCAGUCAUGGUUGGUCUAGUGGAGUGGUUGACAGUGUGUUUGUAUCUUUGUGUUGGGGGAGGGGAAGAGGUUUAAGGUCUAAGACUUGCUGCCACUCCAAUCUGUCCACUAUUCAAAUUGAUGGGGUAGUAUAACCACAUAGAAGUUAAAUUGGUACAGCAUUCUCACUCAUGGGUCCAACAAAUAUAGCCUCUUACAAGGCACACCUCAAAAUAUGUUAAUGAGCCAGAAACAACAAUACCAUACACCCACUAGUGGUCAAAAGGUUUUUGGCGCUCCAAUGAUACAGUACGGUACUGUAUUCUGUGGGGUGGAAUUACAGUACCAUUCGAAAUACAGCAAUUAUUUGCCCCGUCCCACAAUGCACCAUCAUUAACACGAUGCUGCAGUAAACAGUAUUUUACUGUUGAUAAUACACCAAAUUACCGUAUAAUUUACAGUUUUCCAUUACAGUAUAUGCUUGGUAUGAAUGACAAGGUCAAUGUUGCCAAAGCGAAGUGAUGCACAUAACAAUUAUGAAAAUAACAGCGAUAACAAUAAGAAUAGUAGCUAUAAUACUAUAAAACUCCCUCUCUAUGUGCCUCUCCCUCCCUCCCUCUUCCUGUCCCUCUCCCCUCUUCAUUUCUCCUGCCCACUGUAGGCUAUGCUUGGAGGCGCGGGACCCCUACUGUGGCUGGGACAGGAAACAGAGACGCUGCACCACUCUAGAGGACAGCUCCAACAUGAGCCAGUGGAGUCAGAAUAUCACUGUGUGUCCGGUAAGAGCCAUCAGGGAUCCACAGUUUCCCUCUCCCACCUCUGCUCCUCAUUGCAUCUGUUGUCACUUGUACACAAUCCCCCAUAACCCCAUGGGGCUGCCUGCCACAUGGCAACACGGCUGGCUGACACCCUGGAAUACCUCCUCCCUGUCUGGUCUCUCCUGGGGACUGGCCCUACAGUAGUCUGACACUUUAACAGUUUUGUCCUAUGUCAACUCUCCUCAGGGACCCUUUUCCUAGUGUGACAUUGUUACAGUUUGUCCAGGUCGCUCUCGCAAAAUAGUUGUUUAACCUCAAGGGUCUUUCCUGGUUGUUGUCAUACAGUACCACAUGAUUAAUGAUGGCAUCCUGUCCGUUCCAGUCCCUGACACUCUAGUCUCUCUCUGCCCUGUCUGGCUUUUUAGCUAAGGAACCAGACCACCAAUGGCGGCUUUGGACUCUGGGCGGCGUGGCAACCAUGCAGCAAUGACGAUGGCGACGGCACCAGCGCCUGUCUGUGUCGCUCCAGGGCGUGUGACAAUCCCUCCGCUCGCUGUGGUGGGAGGAACUGUGAGGGGCCCACCAUCGAAGUCUCGAACUGCUCCAGGUAUGUAGAACCACCAACCAACCAACCACCUAUCUCACUCACUGUGCAUCCCAAAUGGCACCCAAUAUAGUGCACUACUUAGUCUCUCUGUCCAUACUAGCAUACUACAUAGUAUGGAGCAAUGUAUUGGGCAUGCAUUCUAAGUAGUAUGCUUAGAAUGCUAGUGUGGAUAUUGGAAAUCUGCUCUGGUCAAAAGUAGUGCACUAUGGAGAAUAGGGUGUUAUUUGAGACGCAGCCUCAGACAUGUAGCAUUGUACUCAGGCUGUGACAAAAUUAGCAUUCUGACAGGAUAAGAGGUAUGUCUACAAACCAGGGUUUUGAUUAAAUAAUGUAGGUGACAUCCAAGUUUCCCCUCAGAGGUCUUGUACCGUCUGUGUCUGAGGAAAUUGGCCAAUCACCAUUACUGUGAGAGAACAGCUCUCAGAUACAAAGUGCUGGCUCCUUCAUGCACAGGGUAGCUAUAUAUGUGUGUGUGUGUGUGUGUGUGUGUGUGUGUGUGUGUGUGUGUGUGUGUGUGUGUGUGUGUGUGUGUGUGUGUGUGUGUGUGUGUGUGUGUGUGUGUGUGUGUGUGUGUGUGUGUGUGUGUGUGUGUGUGUGUAACCAUUACAGCUCAGAUACAAAGUGGCGGAGCUCCUUUCAUAGCUAUGCCAGAUUAAACCCAGGUCCAAUUAUCAUUACUGUGAGAGAACUGCUCAGAUACAAAUUGAUACAAACUGUGUGUGGGUAUGUUUUUGUGUGUAUGUGUGUGGCGGUCCUCCUUUCAUAGCUAUGCCAGAUUAAACCCAGGGUGGGAAAAUUGAAUUGUGUUUUAGCCAGAAGUCGCUAUAAAAAAAUAUAUAAUCAUGUUUUAUUGUCACAUACACUGGAUAGGUGCAGUGAAAUGUGUUGUUUUACAGGUCAGCCAUAGUAGUAUGAUAGGUGCAGUUAAAUGUGUUGUUUUACAGGGUCAACCAUAGUAGUAUGAUAGGUGCAGUGAAAUGUGUUGUUUUACAGGGUCAACCAUAGUAGUAUGAUAGGUGCAGUGAAAUGUGUUGUUUUACAGGGUCAAUCAUAGUAGUAUGAUAGGUGCAGUGAAAUGUGUUGUUUUACAGGGUCAACCAUGGUAAUAUGAUAGGUGCAGUGAAAUUUGUUGUUUUACAGGGUCAACCAUAGUAGUAUGAUAGGUGCAGUGAAAUGUGUUGUUUUACAGGGUCAACCAUGGUAGUAUGAUAGGUGCAGUGAAAUGUGUUGUUUUACAGGGUCAACCAUAGUAGUAUGAUAGGUGCAGUGAAAUGUGUUGUUUUACAGGGUCAACCAUGGUAGUAUGAUAGGUGCAGUGAAAUGUGUUGUUUUACAGGGUCAACCAUAGUAGUAUGAUAGGUGCAGUGAAAUGUGUUGUUUUACAGGGUCAGCCAUAGUAGUAUGAUAGGUGCAGUGAAAUGUGUUGUUUUACAGGGUCAACCAUGGUAAUAUGAUAGGUGCAGUGAAAUUUGUUGUUUUACAGGGUCAACCAUAGUAGUAUGAUAGGUGCAGUGAAAUGUGUUGUUUUACAGGGUCAACCAUGGUAGUAUGAUAGGUGCAGUGAAAUGUGUUGUUUUACAGGGUCAACCAUAGUAGUAUGAUAGGUGCAGUGAAAUGUGUUGUUUUACAGGGUCAACCAUGGUAGUAUGAUAGGUGCAGUGAAAUGUGUUGUUUUACAGGGUCAACCAUAGUAGUAUGAUAGGUGCAGUGAAAUGUGUUGUUUUACAGGGUCAGCCAUAGUAGUAUGAUAGGUGCAGUGAAAUUUAUUAUUUUACAUGGUCAGCCAUAGUAGUAUGAUAGGUGCAGUGAAAUGUGUUGUUUUACAGGGUCAGCCAUAGUAGUAUGAUAGGUGCAGUGAAAUGUGUUGUUUUACAGGGUCAACCAUGGUAGUAUGAUAGGUGCAGUGAAAUGUGUUGUUUUACAGGGUCAACCAUAGUAGUAUGAUAGGUGCAGUGAAAUGUGUUGUUUUACAGGGUCAGCCAUAGUAGUAUGAUAGGUGCAGUGAAAUGUGUUGUUUUACAGGGUCAGCCAUAGUAGUAUGAUAGGUGCAGUGAAAUGUGUUGUUUUACAGGGUCAGCCAUAGUAGUAUGAUAGGUGCAGUGAAAUGUGUUGUUUUACAGGGUCAGCCAUAGUAGUAUGAUAGGUGCAGUGAAAUGUGUUGUUUUACAGGGUCAGCCAUGGUAGUAUGAUAGGUGCAGUGUAAUGUGUUGUUUUACAGGGUCAGCCAUAGUAAUGCGGCGCUCCUGGAGCAAAGGGAACAUCAACAGAUUUUUCACCUGUCGGAUCGGGGACUCAAACCAGCAACCUUCUGGUUACUGGCCCAACAAAUAACUUUAGCAGAUUGAAGGAAUGUGUUUCUGGUGUCAAAUUUAGCUCCUGAGCAAGUGGUUCCUCGUCCCUCUCAUAAUCAUAAAUUAUGGCCAUGAUCGUAAAUGUGUUGGUUGCUUGAUACAGUGAGGGGAAAAAAGUAUUUGAUUCCCUGCUGAUUUUGUACGUUUGCCCACUGACAAAGACACGAUCAGUCUAUUAUUUUAAUGGUAGGUUAAUUUGAACAGUGAGAGACAGAAUAACAACAAAAAAAUCCAGAAAAAUGCAUGUAAAAAAUGUUAUGAAUUGAUUUGCAUUUUAAUGAGGUAAAUAAGUAUUUGACCCCUCUGCAAAACAUGACUUAGUACUUGGUGGCAAAACCCUUGUUGGCAAUCACAGAGGUCAGAUGUUUCUUGUAGUUGGCCACCAGGUUUGCACACAUCUCAGGAGGGAUUUUAUCCCACUCCUCUUUGCAGAUCUUCUCCAAGUCAUUAAGGUUUCGAGGCUGACGUUUGGCAACUCGAACCUUCAGCUCCCUCCACAGAUUUUCUAUGGGAUUAAGGUCUGGAGACUGGCUAGGCCACUCCAGGACCUUAAUGUGCUUCUUCUUGAGCCACUCCUUUGUUGCCUUGGCCGGGUGUUUUGGGUCAUUUUCAUGCUGGAAUACCCAUCCACAACCCAUUUUCAAUGCCCUGGCUGAGGGAAGGAGGUUCUCACCCAAGAUUUGACGGUACAUGACCCCGUCCAUCGUCCCUUUGAUGCGGUGAAGUUGUCCUGUUCCCUUAGCAGAAAAACACCCCCAAAGCAUAAUGUUUCCACCUCCAUGUUUGACGGUGGGGAUGGUGUUCUUGGGGUCAUAGGCAGCAUUCCUCCUCCUCCAAACACGGCGAGUUGAGUUGAUGGCAAAGAGCUCGAUUUUGGUCUCAUCUGACCACUUUCACCCAGUUCUCCUCUGAAUCAUUCAGAUGUUCAUUGGCAAACUUCAGACGGGCCUGUAUAUGUGCUUUCUUGAGCAGGGGGACCUUGCGGGCGAUUCAGGAUUUCAGUCCUUCACGGCGUAGUGUGUUACCAAUUGUUUUCUUGGUGACUAUGAUCCCAGCUGCCUUGAGAUCACGCUCAAGGUCCUAAACGAUAUUAUAAACGCGAUCGAUAAAAGACAGUACUGCGCAGCCAUCAUCAUCGACCUGGCCAAGGCUUUCGACUCUGUCAACCACUGCAUUCUUAUUAGCAGACUAAAUAGCCUUGGUUUCUCUAAUGACUGCCUCGCCUGGUUCACCAGCUACUUCUCAGAUAGAGUUCAAUGUGUCAAAUCGGAGGGCCUGUUGUCUGGACCUCUGGCCGUCUCUAUGGGCGUGCCACAGGGUUCAAUUCUCGGGCCGACUCUAUUCUCUGUGUAUAUCAAUGAUGUCGCUCUUGCUGCUGGUGACGCUCGGAUCCACCUCUAUGUGGACGACACCAUUUUGUAUACAUCUGGUCCUUCAUUGGACACUGUGUUAACAAACCUCCAAACGAGCUUCAAUGCCAUACAACACUCCUUCCGUAGCCUCCAACUGCUCUUAAACACUAGUAAAACUAAAUGUAUGCUCUUCAACCGAACGCUGCUUGCACCCGCCCACCCGACUAGAAUCACUACUCUCAGCGGGUCUGACCUAGAGUAUGUGGACAACUACAAAUACCUAGGUGUCUGGUUAGACUGUAAACUCUCCUUCCAGACUCACAUUAAGCAUCUCCAAUCAAAAGUUAGAUCUAGAAUCGGCUUCCUAUUUCGCAACAAAGCCUCCGUCACUCAUGCUGCCAAACAUGCCCUCGUAAAACUGACUAUCUUACCGAUCCUUGACUUCGACGAUGUCAUUUACAAAAUAGCCUCCAACACCCUACUCAGCAAAUUGGAUGUAGUCUAUCACAGUGCAAUCCGUUUUGUCACCAAAGCCCCAUAUACUACCCACCGUUGUGACCUGUACGCUCUUGUUGGCUGGCCCUCACUUCAUAUUCGUCGCCAAACCCACUGGCUCCAGGUCAUCUAUAAAUCACUGCUAGGCAAAUCCCCGUCUUAUCUUAGCUCACUGGUCACCAUAGCAACACCCACCCGUAGUCUGCGCUCCAGCAGGUAUAUCUCACUGGUCAUCCCCAAAGCCAACACCUCCUUUGGCCGCCAUUCCUUCCAGUUCUCUGCUGCCAAUGACUGGAACGAACUGCAAAAAUCUCUGAAGCUGGAGACUCUUAUCUCCCUCACUAACUUUAAGCGUCAGUUGUCAGAGCAGCUUACCGAUCACUGCACCUGUACACAGCCUUUCUGAAAUUAGCCCACCCAACUACCUCAUCCCUAUAUUGUUAUUUAUUUUGCUAAUUUGCACCCCAGUAUCUCUAUUUGCACAUCAUCUUUUGCACAUCUAUCAUUACAGUAUUAUACGAAAUUGUAACUAUUUUGCACUAUAGCCUAUUUAUUACCUUACCUCCAUAACUUACUACAUUCGCACACACUGUAUAUUAUAUUUAUACUGUUGUAAUUUUUACUUUAUGUUUUGUUUACCCCAUAUGUAACUCUGUGUUGUUGUUUUUAUCGCACUGCUUUGCUUUAUCUUGGCCAGGGCGCAGUUGCAAAUGAGAACUUGUUGUCAACUGGCCUACCUGGUCAAAUAAAGGUGAAAUAAAAAAUAAAUAAAAGAUAAUUGACAAGAUUCUCCCGUGUAGUUUCCUCACCGUUCUCAUGAUCAUUGCAACUCCACAAGGUGAGAUCUUGCAUGGAGCCCCAGGCCGAGGGAGAUUGACAGUUAUUUUGUGUUUCUUCUAUUUGCGAAUAAUCGCACCAAGCUGCUUGGCGAUGGUCUUGUAGCCCAUUCCAGCCUUGUGUAGGUCUACAAUCUUGUCCCUGACAUCCUUGGAGAGCUCUUUGGUCUUGGCCAUGGUGGAGAGUUUGGAAUCUGAUUGAUUGAUUGCUUCUGUGGACAGGUGUCUUUUAAUACGGGUAACAAACUGAGAUUAGGAGCACUCCCUUUAAGAGUGUGCUCCUAAUCUCAGCUCGUUACCUGUAUAAAAGACACAUGGGAGCCAUAAAUCUUUCUGAUUGAGAGGGGGUCAAAUACUUAUUUCCCUCAUUAAAAUGCAAAUCAAUUUAUAAAAUUUUUGACAUGCAUUUUUCUGGAUUUUUUUGUUGUUAUUCUGUCUCUCACUGUUCAAAUAAACCUACCAUUAAAAGUAUAGACUGAUCAUUUCUUUGUCAGUGGGCAAACGUACAAAAUCAGCAGGGGAUCAAAUACUUUUUUCCCUCACUGUAGAACGUUUCUUACAUUUUUUGGUAAAAAACUAAUCUGAAAUUAGUAUUGGCAUGUUUGGGAUUCUUUAAACCUUCUUUAAUAACAUCACAUUUCUGUUGCCACAGAAACGGAGGAUGGACACCAUGGUCGUCAUGGGGACAAUGCAGCACCACCUGUGGAACGGGGUUUGAGAUGCGCCAGCGCUCCUGCAACAACCCGUCGCCCCGACAUGGGGGACGUGUGUGUGUGGGCCCGGUCAGGGACGAGAGGUGAGAGGAGAUGGAAGGUCUAUUUGAGAGAGAGCUAUGUGAACAAACUUUGGUUUUGUCAUACUUUUAUCAAAUGUCAUUUCUUUGGCAAAUAAUUUAACAGUGUUUGUUUGACUCAAAAGAGCAAAACUCUUAAACAUUUACGGUUGCCAUUUAUGAAGGAAUGACCUUUAUGAUUCAUUUAUGAGACAUGACGUGCACUUUUCAGUAACAGUAUCUGUCCUAUGUAUCUUUUGGGGGAUGACGGUCUUAGGUAAAUGUCAGCCCUCUUACACACGCCAGUGCCUCUCAUGUGAGGCAGAAGACACAUUUCAAUUUCUCACAAAAUGGACAACAAAGUUCCUCUCCUCUCCUCUCCUCUCCUCUCCUCUCCUCUCCUCUCCUCUCCUCUCCACUUCUCUCUAGGUUCUGUAACGAGGGUGUGUCGUGUCCCCAGCCUAUCUUUUGGUCCCUGUGGGGUGCCUGGGCUAAGUGCAGUGCAGAGUGUGGAGGAGGGGUCCACUCCAGGGUCAGGAGCUGUGAGAACGGGAACAGCUGCCCAGGUUGCGCACUGGUAUGCAGAAAUCCAUGCCAUACUUACCUCCCCUUUCAUACAAGACUCCUUUCUCUCCGUGGGAUGUGUGAAGUUAGGGUUCAGUUCAGUUUUGACUGGUUUCAGUUGACUGAAAUUCAGUUUGAGCUGAAAGGCUUUCCCUCCUCUCCCCUUCCUCUCACUCAAGUUGGGCUUCCUACAGUGGACUCUCAAACAUGCUCAAAGCUGAGGAUUUAAUUACUUUCAUUAUGAGUCCAAUUAAAGUGUUAUGAAGCAAAUAACUCUCAGUAAAACAUUUAGAAAAAAACAUAUUUUAUAAUAAUUACCUCACUUUCUCUCUGUCUCUCCGUCUCCCUCUCCCCCCACCUCCUAUCCCUCUCCCCCCUUUCCAGGAGUACAAGGCGUGUAACCUGGAGGCGUGUCCAGAGGUGAAGAGGAACACCCCCUGGACCCCAUGGAUGCCUGUCAACGUGACGCAGGGCGGAGCCCGCCAAGAGCAGAGGAUGCGCUAUAUGUGCCGCGCCCAGCUGGCAGACCCCCACGAGCUGCAGAUUGGACGACGCAAAGUAGAGACCCGCUUCUGCCCCAACGACGGCACGGCCACCUGCGAGACCGACAGUGAGUGCUUGUCAAUCAUAGCGGCUUUGGGUGUUGCUAGCUAAGUUGUUGGUGUGGCUUUACACCAAGUGAGGCAUGGAUGAAAAUAAUACACCUGUCCAACACCAAUCAUUUUUCUUCGGCUCUUCUCAAAGCAUUAUGAGGAUAAACUGCCCAAACAUAGUCACCGUACUGUAUCUUCCCCCUGGGUGAUCAGACUGAUCACUAGAAAUACAGUGGGGGAAAAAAGUAUUUAGUCAGCCACCAAUUGUGCAAGUUCUCCCACUUAAAAAGAUGCGAGAGGCCUGUAAUUUUCAUCAUAGGUACACGUCAACUAUGACAGACAAAAUGAGGAGAAAAAAAAUCCAGAAAAUCACAUUGUAGGAUUUUUAAUGAAUUUAUUUGCAAAUUAUGGUGGAAAAUAAGUAUUUGGUCAAUAACAAAAGUUUCUCAAUACUUUGUUAUGUACCCAUUGUUGGCAAUGACACAGGUCAAACGUUUUCUGUAAGUCUUCACAAGGUUUUCACACACUAUUGCUGGUAUUUUGGCCCAUUCCUCCAUGCAGAUCUCCUCUAGAGCAGUGAUGUUUUGGGGCUGUCGCUGGGCAACACAGACUUUCAACUCCCUCCAAAGAUGUUCUAUGGGGUUGAGGUCUGGAGACUGGCUAGGCCACUCCAGGACCUUGAAAUGCUUCUUACGAAGCCACUCCUUCGUUGCCCGGGUGGUGUGUUUGGGAUCAUUGUCAUGCUGAAAGACCCAGCCACGUUUCAUCUUCAAUGCCCUUGCUGAUGGAAGGAGGUUUUCACUCAAAAUCUCACGAUACAUGGCCCCAUUCAUUCUUUCCUUUACACGGAUCAGUCGUCCUGGUCCCUUUGCAGAAAAACAGCCCCAAAGCAUGAUGUUUCCACCCCCAUGCUUCACAGUAGGUAUGGUGUUCUUUGGAUGCAACUCAGCAUUCUUUGUCCUCCAAACACGACGAGUUGAGUUUUUACCAAAAAGUUCUAUUUUGGUUUCAUCUGACCAUAUGACAUUCUCCCAAUCCUCUUCUGGAUCAUCCAAAUGCACUCUAGCAAACUUCAGACGGGCCUGGACAUGUACUGGCUUAAGCAGGGGACACGUCUGGCACUGCAGGAUUUGAGUCCCUGGCGGCGUAGUGUGUUACUGAUGGUAGGCUUUGUUACUUUGGUCCCAGCUCUCUAAAGGUCAUUCACUAGGUCCCCCCGUGUGGUUCUGGGAUUUUUGCUCACCGUUCUUGUGAUCAUUUUGACCCCACGGGGUGAGAUCUUGCGUGGAGCCCCAGAUCGAGGGAGAUUAUCAGUGGUCUUGUAUGUCUUCCAUUUCCUAAUAAUUGCUCCCACAGUUGAUUUAUUCAAACCAAGCUGCUUAUCUAUUGCAGAUUCAGUCUUCCCAGCCUGGUGCAGGUCUACAAUUUUGUUUCUGGUGUCCUUUGACAGCUCUUUGGUCUUGGCCAUAGUGGAGUUUGGAGUGUGACUGUUUGAGGUUGUGGACAGGUGUCUUUUAUACUGAUAACAAGUUCAAACAGGUGCCAUUAAUACAGGUAACGAGUGGAGGACAGAGGAGCCUCUUAAAGAAGAAGUUACAGGUCUGUGAGAGCCAGAAAUAUUGCUUGUUUGUAGGUGACCAAAUACUUAUUUUCCACCAUAAUUUGCAAAUAAAUUCAUAAAAAAUCCUACAAUGUGAUUUUCUGGAUUUUUUUCUUCUCAAUUUGUCUGUCAUAGUUGACGUGUACCUAUGAUGAAAAUUACAGGCCUCUCUCAUCUUUUUAAGUGGGAGAACUUGCACAAUUGGUGGCUGACUAAAUACUUUUUUCCCCUACUGUAUCACUCCAGUGUUAAUACUAAAUUGUAAUUAUUUUGCACUAUGGCCUAUUUAUUACCUUACCUCCAUAACUUAGAACAUUUGCACACACUGUAUAUAGAUUUUAUAUUGUGUUAUUGACUGUACGAUUUGUUUAUUCCAUAUGUAACUCUGUGUUGUUGUUGUUUUUAUCGCACUGCUUUGCUUUAUCUUGGCCAGGUCGCAGUUGUAAAUGAGAACUCUCAACUGGCUUACCUGGUUAAAUAAAGGUGAAAUAAAAUAAAUAUAUAUUUUUUAAUGUUCUCCGUCCUCUGUCUGCAUCGAUUAACUGUAGCUGGCUGACAGUGACCAGGCUGGCCAGGGUAGGCAGGGUAGCCAUGUUCAGGUGUCUUGUUAUUAAGACACAUGACAGUUCACAUGUUCCAGAAGCCAUUUCUGCCAAAAAACGCAUUUUGAUUUUUAAGAAAAGCUAACAUUCAAAUGGCACUCCUGUGAAGAAGUAAAGCGCCUAGUUUCCUGAAAUGAGUCACAUAUACUGUUUAGGCUUUCAACUGACAAGUUUACACCUUCACUAUUACAGUGGAAUGUUUUGUCCAGGAAGUUGUCUAAAAAAUAUGGAAUUUGUUGUUGCCUAAUUGUUUUUUGGUAGGUUUCUACACUACUUUCCUUCCAUCUAUAGCAUUUCUUAAUAUUCUGCAGUCCCUUUGUCUUUGAUGCCUCAUGAUUGAGUAUUGCUCUGUUCAGGUAGACUGUGAUCUUAUUGUGGUCUGAUAGGGCUGUCAGUGGACUGACUGUGAACGCUCUGAGAGACUCUGGGUUGAGGUCAGUGAUAAAGUAAUCUACGGUACUACUGGCAAGGGAUGAGCUGUAGGUGUACCUACCGUAAGAGUCCCCUCGAAGCCUACCAUUGACUAUGUACAGACCCAGCAUGCGACAGAGCUGCAGCAGUUGUGACCCAUUUUUGUUGGUUGUUUUGGCGUAGUUGUGUCUAGGGGGGCAUAUUUGGGAGGCAAUACUGUCACCUCCAGGUAGGUGUUUGUCCCCCUGUGUGCUGAGAGUGUCAGAUUCUUGUCAAGUUCUGGCAUUUAGGUCGCCACAGACUAGUACCUGUCCCUGGGCCUGGAAAUGGUUGAUCUCCCCCUCUAGGAUGGAGUGUCACGGUUUCGGCCGAGGCUGCCUCUCUUCCUUGCUCGGGCAGGCUUCGGCGUUUGUCGUCUCCGGAAUACUAGCUGCCACCGUUGUAUGUUUCUAUGUUCGUUUGCUUUUGUCUGAUUGUUGUACACCUGUUAUCGUUUAGUGUAAUUAGUGUCCUAUAAGUUCUCGUUGUGUUUGUCUAGUGUUUGUGUGUGAUUGUUUUACUGUCGUGCCGGUAGGCUGGAUUUCUACUGUUUGCUCGGUUGAGCUAUAUUCUCCAUUGUUUGGAGUGUUUUUGUUGCACCUGUUAGUGCGCCCGUUAUUUUCGCCUACGUGCGGAGUCUCGCCUCAGGGCGUUUGUUUGUGAUUGUUUUCGUGUGCAUCAACUAAAGUCUGUUGGACUAACGUUCUGCGUCCUGCGCCUGAUUCCACCACCACACCCACCUACAUCUACCUUGACAUGGAGAAGCUGUCAUCGUUAAAGUAUGGGGAUUCUAGUGGGGGGAUAUAGGUAGCACACAUGAGGACAUUUUUCUCUGUUGAGAUAAUUUCAUUAUUAAUUUCUAGUCAGAUGUAAAAUGUUCCUGUUUUGACUAAUUUAAUAGAGUGAGUUAGGUCUGCUCUAUACCAAAUUAGCAUACUCUCUGAGUCCCUUCCCUGUUUCACAGCUGGUAGUUUGGUGGAUGGGACUACCAGCUCUCUGCAACCUAGAGGGCAACCAGUGGGUCCGUUUCCUCUAUACAAUGUUUCUUGUAGGAUGACAAUGACUGUAUUUCUGAUUUAUUUGGUGAAGUCCAGGUUCCUGCUCUUUAGGCCAAGGGCAGAUGACCUCAGGCCUUGGAUAUUCCAGGAUGAGAUAGUGAAGGCUUUCUGUUCCAUAAAGUGUCCAAUGUUGUUAGUCAUGUGGUUUGGCCUCAGACCAGUAAGUGUGAGCAGAGCCUGGUGAGCAUCUGGUACAUGCCAUUGGCUUGGGCUAGUGUAAGAGUGGGGGUUGGGCCUGUUUGCCUGCUCACGGCCUGGGUAUAUGUGUGACUAUCAUGUUGAGAACCUCUUUGGGGGAGUGGGGGGCUUGGGGUGGGUAGGAGGGGCAUAGGUCUGAUCUGAGGGGGCCUAAAUGGGGUGUGGGCAUGGUUGACUUGGGGGGGUGUUGUUUGGUUGGGGUGGGGGUGUGGAUGUGGCUGGUGGUGCUGUGGUCUGGAUGUAGGUCCUCUCUGAGGUCUGGGAGAGUGUCUCGCUGGUCAGGGCGGGAUGUCUGUUGAUCUGUUGCUCCUGUGUGAGGUGUUGGGUCUGCGGUUGAGGGCGAUAUCCUUUAGGGUCCGGGCGAAGGUGGGCACUGCUGCCUUGUAUAGGUGGACCUGGUCGUAAAGGCUGUUCAAGUCUAGGGUGGAGUGGUGGGCCAGGUAGACAUUUGGUUUUGAGGCACAGUCAUGGGAAAUACUUGCGUUUACCCACUGUAUAUAUGUAUGUAUGGUAGCAGGGUGGAAGUAUUUUCGUGGUAGCAGGGUAGAGAUAACCACUUGUGCAUUGGGGAAAGUAGAAGAAGCUUUUUCAAUCACUCCCUUGAGUGCUGUGGCCACACUUUCCUGCCAUGUUCUCAGGUCGUUUGUGCCUGUGUGUAUUAUUAUGUGGCUGGGUGACCCUAGUUGGUCCUCAGACAGAAUGUCUAGGACGCGCUGGGUGUUUGGACACCAGAGUUUAGACACUGUGUGUUUGGGAUAAAAAAUGUUUUCUUGUAUAUAUAUCCCGUUUGAGUCCAUAAGGAGGACAAUCUGUGGUUUGUGUAUGUCCUCAGUGGGUGUGGGGGGGUUGUCAGGAGGGCUAUCAGGGUGGCUGACAGGGGGGUGCUCAGAGGGGGUGUCUGUCCUGCUGUGAUGUUGAGGCUAUGGUCAGGGUCUAUGGCGGACUGUUCUGCUGUGGUGUUGAGACUUUGGUCAGGGUCUGAGGGUGGGCUGUUCUGCUGGCUUCUCUGCAGGGGUGGACAGCUCUCUAAUAGGUUGUUCUCUGUCACACGUCAUCGUUCUCACCUUCUCCUCCAGCACUCUGAUCCUCUCCUCUAGUGCUCUGUUCUUCUCCUACUCCUGCUCUUUCUCCUGUUGAUGUUGUCUCACCACAGUCCAGAGUGCAGUCAAGUCUCUCUCCAACUCCAGCUCUCUAGGUCUGGUUGAGGGGGUAUUGUUGAGCUGGACUAUUUUUUGUACUGACUGGAGUGUGUUCACCUGCUGUUCCAGCUCCACCAGCCUUACCUCCAGCUGGGUGAAUGUAUCCUUCAUUUCAAUGAGGGAUUAGUACUCUGUGCUGGGAGGUUGACUUUCCACUUGGGAUACUCGUCUGUGGGGUUGUAUAAUGAAGAGGUCUGGUCUGACACGCUUGGGGUGGGGGUAUCUUUUUCAAGAGAGAGCUUAUCCUGCUGAGCUAUCUCUUUGAUUAUGUGAAAGUCCAGCUGAAACUGUUUGGGGUUGCCCUGUACCAUUACUGUUCCAGAUUUGUACAGAUUUACAUUGGCUGACUCAGAGUCCUCUUUGUCUAGUAUCCUGAGUUUUAACAGAGGGGUAGUGUGUUAAUAUAGCACUGCGCCAUGCCAGGUGAUAGUCUGUGUGGAAAAUUAAGUUGCUUAUGUUCCCAUUUUUAUAUUACUCAACAAAAAGUGUCUCUUGAUUUUCCACAAGGAGCUUCUUUUUGUACUCUUUUCGUGCCUUGUCAUUUUUUACAUCCAGCGGAUACUGUAUUGUAAUGACCUCUGAGCAGCGGGAGGGGGCUUCAAAGGCCUCUGCAUUUGGGUGGGGUAGAAUGUGGAACUCUCCUGCCAUUGUUGGGCUCAAGGGCUUUGACACCUCUCACUUCACACCUCAGUGCUAAUUGAUGUUGCAGUCAGAUAUGUACUGUCCUAGCAAGCUUGGUAGUCUUAACUUAGCAUUCAGUCAUUAUAAAGUAAAAUAUAUCAUUGUAAUGUAUUUUUCUUCUUGGCUUUAAAAGUAGCUUCAGACUAAACAUGACCUACUCAGUUCCAGGUUGGAUGGUGUUUUCAGGUUUCUGUUGUUUGUUUGCCAGAGUAUUUACUGUAUAACUUGGAAAUAAGAAUCUUUGGUAGUAGGAAUCCUUCCAGGUAAUUUUGUCCAAAAUCAGGUUGUAGGUUUGGAGUUUUUAUUUGGAGUGAAGGUUAUGUUGUGGAGGGUAGUAUCCUGUAUAUGUCCUUGCCGAAAAUCCAAGUAUAUCUAACUCUAAAUCUAUCUUUUUGUAAAAACAUGCUGAAAAAUGCCAGAGCUCAUCUGCUCUCGCUCUCUCUCUCUCUCUCUCUCUCUCUCUCUCUCUCUCUCUCUCUCUCUCUCUCUCAAUUAUAAUAUAUAUAAUAUAAUAUAAUAUAUAUAAUAUAAUAAUAAUAUAAUAAUUCAAUUCAAUUUCAAUUUCAAUUUAAGGGCUUUAUUGGCAUGGGAAAUGUGUGUUAACAUUGCCAAAGCAAGUGAAGUAGAUAGUAAACAAAAGUGAAAUAAACAAUAAAUAUUAACAGUAAACAUUACACUCAGAAGUUUCAAAAUAAUAAAGACAUUUCAAAUGUCAUAUUAUGUAUAUAUACAGUGUUGUAACAAUGUGCAAAUAGUUAAAGUACAAAUGGGAAAAUAAAUAAACAUAAAUAUGGGUUGUAUUUACAAUGGUGUUUGUUCUUCACUGGUUGCCCUUUUCUUGUGGCAACAGGUCACAAAUCUUGCAGCUGUGAUGGCACAAUGUGGUUUUUCACCCAGUAGAUAAGGGAGUUUAUCAAAAUUGGGUUUGUUUUCGAAUUCUUUGUGGAUCGCUGUAAUCUGAGGGAAAUAUGUGUCUCUAAUAUGGUCAUACAUUUGGCAGGAGGUUAGGAAGUGCAGCUCAGUUUCCACCUCAUUUUGUGGGCAGUGUGCACAUAGCCUGUCUUCUCUUGAGAGCCAGGUCUGCCUACGGCGGCCUUUCUCAAUAGCAAGGCUAUGCUCACUGAGUCUGUACAUAGUCAAAGCUCUUUUCUGGAUUUUGAUAAUUAGCGGGUAUUGGCCUAAUUCUGCUCUGCAUGCAUUAUUUGGUGUUUUACGUUGUACACGGAGGAUGUUUUUGCAGAAUUCUGCAUGCAGAGUCUCAAUUUGGUGUUUGUCACAUUUUGUGAAUUCUUGGUUGGUGAGCGGACCCCAGACCUCAGAACCAUAAAGGGCAAUGGGUUCUAUAACUGAUUCAAGUAUUUUUAACCAGAUCCUAAUUGGUAUGUCAAAUUUUAUGUUCCUUUUGAUGGCAUAGAAGGCCCUUCUUGCCUUGUCUCUCAGAUCGUUCACAGCUUUGUGGAAGUUACCUGUGGCGCUGAUGUUUAGGCCGAGGUAUGUAUAGUUUUUUGUGUGCUCUAGGGCAACGGUGUCUAGAUGGAAUUUGUAUUUGUGGUCCUGGCAACUGGACCUUUUUUGGAACACCAUUAUUUUUGUCUUACAGAGAUUUACUGUCAGGGCCCAGGUCUGACAGAAUCUGUGCAGAAGAUCUAGGUGCUGCUGUAGGCCCUCCUUGGUUGGUGACAGAAGCACUCUCUCUGUCUCUCUCUCUGGUCAUGUGGCUCUGUCUGCUGCAUAUACAUGUAUAUUCAGUCAGCGACGUCACUGCAAAACACUAAAACACUGCCCAACAUGGUGUCACAGUCUAGCCAGACUAAGACCAGAGCUGACUUGAGUAAUGGCACAGAUAUGAAUAAAGUACUUCCUCAGCACAGAGAGGAGAUUAUUUCUCAGUUGUAUGACUCAGCAUGGAGGCAGGAUUGAAGAACCUGAAUAGCUUGGGAAUGGACCAGGGUGGGUAUGGGAGUGUGUUUCAGUCUAAAGAGAGCCUGGUUGCAAUUGGUUCCCUGGCCUGGUCUCAAUGACCUGUCCCCUGUAUGUGUGAGCUAUUACAUAGACAUAUAUGACAUACACUGCUACUGUAGUACUCUAUGACCUGUGUAAUGUAGAAGUACAAGUGAUCCAGUGUAUUGAGUAGACCAUUAACCUGUGUAUUAACCCUUUCCUUUAGCUCUAGUGGAGGACCUCCUGAGGACCCCUGUGGUACGAGUGGUGGGCUCCGGCUGGUCGUCAUGGGAGACGUGGUCCGCCUGCUCCCAAGACUGUGCCAAGGGGUACCGUACCCGCAAGCGCACCUGUGCCACCCCAGAGGGCAAGGUUGCCCCUCCAGCCUGCAGGGGUUCACCAGUAGAGUACCAGGACUGCAACUCUCAGGCCUGCCCAGGUAAAGGGGAAAAGAACAUGCGCACACUCACAAACACACUGUUAUGCACUGUUACGUAUUGGGACAGUCUUCAGUCUGGCAGGUAUACACGUAUACACGUACACACGUACACACGUACACACGUACACACGUACACACGUACACACGUACACACACACACACACACACACACACACCACACACCACACACCACACACCACACACCACACACCACACACCACACACACCACACACACCACACACAUACACACACAGCUCCCAUAACUACAGUACCAGUCAAAAGUUUGGACACACCUACUCAUUCAAGGGUUUUUCUUUAUUUUUACUAUUUUCUACAUUGUAGAAUAAUAGUGAAGACAUCAAAACUAUGAAAUAACACAUAUGGAAUCAUGUAGUAACCAAAAAAGUGUUAAACAAAUCAAAAUAUAUUUUAGAUUUUAGAUUCUUCAAAGUAGCCACCCUUUGCCUUGAUGACAGCUUUGCACACUCUUGGCAUUCUCUCAACCAGCUUCACCUGGAAUGCUUCUCCAACAGUCUUGAAGGAAUUCCCACAUACAGUGAAAGUAUUCACCCCCGUGGCAUUUUUCCUAUUUUGUUGCCUUACAACCUGGAAUUAAAAUAGAUUUUUUGGGGGGUUGUAUCAUUUGAUUUACACAACAUGCCUACCACUUUGAAGAUGCAAAAUAUUUUUUAUUGUGAAACAAACAAGAAAAAGAAACUUGAGCGUGCAUAACUAUUCACCCCCCCCCCCCCCCCCCUCCCAAAGUCAUACUUUGUAGAGCCACAUUCUGUAGCAAUUACAGCUGCAAGUCUCUUGGGGUAUGUCUCUAUAAGGUGGCACAUCUAGCCACUGGGAAUUUAUCCCAUUCUACAAGGCAAAACUGCUCCAGCUCCUUCAAGUUGGAUGGGUUCUGCUGGUAUACAGCAAUAUUUAAGUCAUACCACAUAUUCUCAAUUGGAUUGAGGUCUGGGCUUUGACUAGGCCAUUCCAAGACAUUUAAAUGUUUCCCCUUCAACCACUCGAGUCUUGCUUUAGCAAUAUGCUUAGGGUCAUUGUCCUGCUGGAAGGUGAACCUCUGUCCCAGUCUCAAAUCUCUGGAAGACGGCAACAGGUUUCCCUCAAGAAUUUCCCUGUAUUUAGCGCCAUCCAUCAUUCCUUAAAUUCUGACCAGUUUCCCAGUCCCUGCCGAUGAAUGUUCUGGAGUGAUGGUGUUCUCGGAGUGAUGAGAGGUGUUGGGUUUGUGCCAGACAUAGCGUUUUCCUUGAUAGCCAAAAAGCUCAAUUUUAGUCUCAUCUGACCAGAGCACCUUCUUCCAUAUGUUUGGGGAGUCUCCCACAUGCCUUUUGGCGAACACCAAAUGUGUUUGCUUCUUUUUUUCUUUAAGCAAUGGCUUUUUUUCUGGCCACUCUUCUGUAAAGCCCAGCUCUGUGGAGUGUACGGCUUAAAGUGGUCCUAUGGACAGAUACUCCCAAUCUCCGCUGUGGAGCUUUGCAGCUCCUUCAGGGUUAUCUUUGGUCUCUUUGUUGCCUCUCUGAUUAAUGCCCUUCUUGCCUGGUCCGUGAGUUUUGGUGGGCGGCCCUCUCUUGGCAGGUUUGUUGUGCUGCCAUAUUCUUUCCAUUUUUUAAUAAUGGAUUUAAUGGUGCUCCAUGGGAUGUUCAAGGUUUUGGAUAUUUUUUUAUAACCCAACCCUGAUCUGUACUUCUCCACAACUUUGAGAGCUCCUUGGUCUUCAUGGUGCCGCUUGCUUGGUGGUGCCCCCUGCUUAGUGGUGUUGCAGACUCUGGGGCCUUUCAAAACAGGUGUAUAUAUGCUGAGAUCAUGUGACAGAUCAUGUGACACUUAGAUUGCACACAGGUGGACUUUAUUUAACUAAUUAUGUGACUUCUAAAGGUAAUUGGUUGCACCAGAUCUUAUUUAGGGGCUUCAUAGCAAAAGGGGUGAAUACAUAUUCACGCAACACUUUUCCGUUAUUAAUUUUUUAUCAUUUUUUAAAAUAAGUUAUUUUUUUCAUUUCACUUCACCAAUUUGGACUAUGUUGUGUAUGUCCAUUACAUGAAAUCCAUAUAAAAUCCAUUUAAAUUACAGGUUGCAAUGCAACAAAAUAGGAAAUACGCCAAGGGGGAUGAAUACUUUUGCAAGGCACUGUAUGCUUUUCCUUCACUCUGCGGUCCGACUCAUCCCAAACCAUCUCAAUUGUGUUGAUUGUGAUGGCCAGGUCAUCUGAUGCAGCACUCCAUCACUCUCCUUCUUGGUCAAAUAGCCCUUACACAGCCUGGAGGUGUGUUGGGUCAUUGUCCUGUUGAAAAACAAAUGAUAGUCCCACUAAGCGCAAACCAGAUGGGAUGGCGUAUCACUGCAUAAUGCUCUGGUAGCCAUGCUGGUUAAGUGUGCCUUGAAUUCUAAAUAAAUCACAGACAGUGUCACCAGCAAAGCACCCCCACACCAUCACACCUCCUCUUCCAUGCUUCAUGGUGGGAACCACACAUGCAGAGAUCAUCCAUUCACCUACUCUGUCUCACAAAGGCGGUUGGAACCAAAAUGUGUCUGUUGCUUGAACUCUGUGAAGCAUUUAUUUGGGCUGCAAUCUGAGGUAACCUUUAUUUAUCCAGGUAAGCCAGUUGAGAACAAGUUCUCAUUUACAACUGCGACCUGGCCAAGAUAAAGCAAAGCAGUGCGAUAAAAACAACAACAACACAGAGUUACAUAUGGGGUAAAAAACAUAAAGUCAAAAAAUACAACAGAAAAUAUAUAUACAGUGUGUGCAAAUGUAGCAAGUUAUGGAGGUAAGGCAAUAAAUAGGCUAUAGUGCAAAAUAAUUACAAUUAGUAUUAACACUGGAAUGCUAGAUGUGCAAGAGAUUAUGUGCAAAUAGAGAUACUGGGGUGCAAAAGAGCAAAAUAAAUAACAAUAUAGGGAUGAGGUAGUUGGGUGGGCUAAUUUCAGAUGGGCUGUGUACAGGUGCAGUGAUCGGUAAGGUGCUCUGACAACUGAUGCUUAAAGUUAGUGAGGGAGAUAAGAGUCUCCAGCUUCAGAGAUUUUUGCAAUUCGUUCCAGUCAUUGGCAGCAGAGAACUGGAAGGAAUGGCGGCCAAAGGAGGUGUUGGCUUUGGGAAUGACCAGUGAGAUAUACCUGCUGGAGCGCAGACUACGGGUGGGUGCUGCUAUGGUGACCAAUGAGCUAAGAUAAGGUGGGGAUUUGCCCAGCAGUGAUUUAUAGAUGGCCUGGAGCCAGUGGGUUUGACGACGAACAUGUAGUGUGGACCAGCCAACAAGAGCGUACAGGUCACAGUGCUGGGUAGUGUAUGGGGCUUUGGAGACAAAACGGAUGGCACUGUGAUAGACUACAUCCAAUUUGCUGAGUAGAGUGUUGGAGGCUAUUUUGUAAAUGACAUCGUCGAAGUCAAGGAUCGGUAGGAUAGUCAGUUUUACGAGGGCAUGUUUGGCAGCAUGAGUGAAGGAGGCUUUGUUGCGAAAUAGGAAGCCGAUUCUAGAUUUAACUUUGGAUUGGAGAUUCUUAAUGUGAGUCUGGAAGGAGAGUUUACAGUCUAACCAGACACCUAGGUAUUUGUAGUUGUCCACAUACUCUAGGUCAGACCCGUCGUGAGUGGUGAUUCUAGUCAGGUGGAUGGGUGCCAGCAGCGUUCGAUUGAAGAGCAUGCAUUUAGUUUUACUAGUGUUUAAGAGCAGUUGGAGGCUACUGAAGGAGUGUUGAAUGGCAUUGAAGCUCGUUUGGAGGUUUGUUAACACAGUGUCCAAUGAAGGGCCAGAUGUAUACAAAAUGGUGCCGUCUGCGUAGAGGUGGAUCUGAGAGUCACCAGCAGCAAGAGCGACAUCAUUGAUAUACACGGAGAAAAGAGUCGGCCCAAGAAUUGAACCCUGUGGCACCCCCAUAGAGACUGCCAUAGGUCCAGACAACAGGCCCUCCGAUUUGACACAUUGAACUCUAUCUGAGAAGUAGGCAGUCAUUUGAGAAACCAAGGCUAUUUAGUCUGCCAAUAAGAAUGCGGUGGUUGACAGAGUCGAAAGCCUUGGCCAGGUCGAUGAAGAGUUAACUCUAAUGAACUUAUCCUCUGCAGCAGAGGUAACUCUGUGUCUUUCUUUCCUGUCGCGGUCCUCAUGAAAGCCAGUUUCAUCAUAGCGCAUUAUGCUUUUUGUGACUUCACUUGAAGAAACUUUCAAAGUUCUUGAAAUUUUCCGGAUUGACUGACCUUCAUGUCUUACAGUAAUGAUGGACUGUCGUUUCUCUUUGCUUAUUUGAGCUGUUCUUGCCAUAAUAUGGACUUGGUAUUUUACCAAAUAGGGUUAUCUUCUGUAUACCACCCCUACCUUGUCACAACACAACUGAUUGGCUCAAACGCAUUAAGAAGGAAAGAAAUUCCACAAAUGAACUUUUAAGAAGUCACACCUGUUAAUUAAAAUGCAUUCCAGGUGACUACCUCAUGAAGCUGGUUGAGAGAAUACAAGAGUGUGCAAAGCUGUCAUCAAGGCAAAGGGUGGCUACUUUGAAGAAUCUUAAAUAUCAAAUAUAUUUUGAUUUGUUUAACACUUUUAUGGUUACUACAUGAUUUCAUAUGUGUUAUUUCAUAGUUUUGAUGUCUACACUAUUAUUCUACAACGUAGAAAAUUGUAAAAAUAAAGAAAAACCCUAGAAUGAGUAGGUGUGUCCAAACUUUUGACUGGUACUGUACAUCUCCAGUUGUGGUUAGCAUAAUACACACUAACACACAUCACCUGGGGAGAGACAUGUAUGCUAAUGCUAGUCCUUUAAAGUAAUGCUGAGGGGAUCAUUAAUUAGCUAAUGGCUAGCAUGGCAGCGGAGCAGAACCCUGCUAAGAGGAGUCCUUGGUUACAGUAGCUGAGUCAGUCCAGCGUUUGAACUAAAGCUCCUCAUCAUCACCAUAAUCAUGCAGUUGGCCUGCUUUAACUAGAGCUAAUUGCACCUCCGCUCAGCUCAGCCCAGCUCUCUGUGCCUCUGUUGUAUAUUAUGUGACAGGGGGUGAGGGGGGGGGGGGGUGGUACCUGAUUGCGAGAAAGAGGGACAAUGAGAGAGAGAGCGAGAGAGACACAGAGAGAGGUACUGAUUGAGAGAAAGAGACUGUGAGAUUGAGAGAGGAGAGGGAGAUAGCUAAAGAAAAUGGAUUUGACAAGAGUGAGAUGGAGGUCGAGGUGGAGAGUGUGAGAGAGAAAUGUCUAUAAUGAGACCUUGUCCUGAUUGAUCUACCGUUAUCAUACAUAUACAAGGCUUCUGUUUACUGGUUCUUGAGAUACUCUCUCUAUUUUCUUCUUUCCCCCAAAUAUCCCUCCCAGUCCCAUCACCAAGCACUCAAGUUGCCAGACAGCCAGAGCGGUUUGAGACAUGCACUCCCAGUUGCCAGACAGCCAGAGCGGUUUGAGCCAUGCACUCCCAGUUGCCAGACAGCCAGAGCGGUUUGAGCCAUGCACUCCCAGUUGCCAGACAGCCAGAGCGGUUUGAGGCAACCAAAGCAGUCAUGCCCCACUUCACUGUCCCUACUGUCUAAUCCAAUGGAGUAAAUUGAGUUUUCUAGAGCAGACAGACGAGGGGUCCGGGUCAAGCCCAGCUCCACUCACCUCUCUCCACUCCCUCCCUCCCUCCUUGUUUCACUCACCUCUCUCUUCUCAUCACUCACUCUCUCAGCUCAAACACUCUCAUUCAGAAGGCCAGACUGACUGCAACUGCCAAUGUGAGGGGAAUGACAACACACUCAUCUUUAUAGAAGGGUUAAGCACAGGGUAGUUGUUCUGAGGUGUUUUAAUCACAGACAUGGGUAGAGACCAUUGGGCAGCAGGAGUCUUAGUGGUUCUCUAAUGGGCUGAUCCAUCUGAUCUUCUAGGUAGACUUUUAGUGUGUCUGCUGCAGCUAGAGGAGAAUAGCAUUUCAUAUGUUUAUUUUUGCCUAGUUGGUGAUGAAAGAGGUAUCUGACCUUGGUUGAGUGUUUUCGUGUGUGUGGUUUGUGUGUGUUUUCCUGUCCAGUGAGUGGAGCCUGGUCCUGUUGGUCGUCCUGGUCUCAGUGUUCGGUACCCUGUGGUGGAGGGCACUAUCAGCGUACCCGAUCCUGUAACAACCCCAGCGCUGGCAACGGAGGCGAUAUCUGUAUCGGCCUACACACUGAGGAAGCGCUGUGCAACACACACACCUGUGACGGUAAGGCAAACACACACACACACACACACACACACACACACACACACACACACACACACACACACACACACACACACACACACACACACACACACACACACACACACACACACACACACACAACACAUCCAUCAGAGUCACAGGCUUCCCUAUCCUUUACAUCAGAACGAUCAUUGGCUCUAAUCAAUGCAUUGUAAGUCUAUCAUGAUAAUUACUCACUGAUCAAUACUGUGCCAGUCAGCACCUUGUUAUGUCACUCCAGAGAGGGGUGUGAAAGAGGUGCAUAUUGGAAAACGGAGUUCCCAUGCCUAUUCCCUGCAGUGCUGGGGCCUGGAGUCAGCCCAAUUGUGUCUGACAGUGUACCUCAUUGCCCAAUAAUGUGUGACGAUAGGAUGUGAUAUUUAUACUGUCUAUCUAACCAGGCCCUCUGCUCUGUGCGUUCCUCUGUUCACAGUCUGUGUAGUGCCUCUGCUUCCUAUAGGACUCUGUAAUGUGUAUCAGUGUGAGCAAGCUACAGCUAAUCCUUGGUAGAAAGUUACGCUAAGACAUUCCUCUGAAUAAGCCCACAGCCCUAAUGAGAGACAAUACUAAUCUAAUCUCUUGUCUAAAGAGUUUAUUUUUUGUUUUAUCUGAUUCCUAUCCUAAUCCAUUCUUUAUUUCCUGGAGUUUGCUAGCCAGUGUCACUAUUUAUUGUGUUCCUGCUGCGACGUGUGUGUGUGUGUGUGUGUGUGUGUGUGUGUGUGUGUGUGUGUGUGUGUGUGUGUGUGUGUGUGUGUGUGUGUGUUUAACUAUACUUGUGGGACUAGAAGUCCCCCCAAGAACAGUAAACGAACAAAACAUUUGACCAACUGGGGACAUUUUGUUCGUCCCCACAAGGUCAAAUGCUAUUUCUAGGGGGUUUAUAGUUAAGGUUAAAAUUAGGUUUAGGGUUACGGUUAGGAGCUAGGGUUAGUUUUAGGUUUAUGGUUAAGGUUAGGGUAAGGGUUAGGGUUAGGGUUAGGUUUAUGGUUAGGGAAAAUAGGAUUUUGAAUGGGACUGAAUUGUGUGUCCCCACAAGGUGUGUGUGUGUGCUCAUUCAGGGAAGGGGUCCUGGGUGGCGCAGCGGUCAAAAGGCACCACCACAGCCUAGGCUGAAAUCCGGGUAAAGCGGGCAGUGUGAUAAGAAGUAGGUCAUGUUUUGGAGGACGCAUGACUCGACCUUUGCCUCUCCCGAGCCCGUUGAGGAGUUGCAGAGAUGAGCCAAGGGACCUAAUUCAGGGAGAAAACGCGACAAAAUAUAUAUACACAAGCUUGUGGCCAUAUCACCCUGAACGUCAGGCCUGGUUAGUAUUGGGACUGGGAAUACCAGGUGCCGUAAGCUACACAUUUUUUAAAAUAUAUAAGAAAUAUGUUGCCAUCUGGGAUGCAGACUUGGAUGCAUGUCAGCCCCUUUUGGCAUCACGCGGUUAAUGUUCUCUUUUGACGUAGGGCUAACACUUCCCGUUAGCAGUGUGUGUGUGUGUGUGUGUGUGUGUGUGUGUGUGUGUGUGUGUGUGUGUGUGUGUGUGUGUGUGUGUGUGUGUGCCUGCACGCCUGCGUGUGUGUUCACCUUCGUUUGUGUGCCCCUGCUUGCGUCCACAGUUUGCCAUGCUAAAGUCUUGUCCUCAUCUGUUUUCUGCUUCGGUACAUUUACUGACAGGCAGGACAUUGGUAAUCUAUUCCCUACAAAUACAGUGAACCUCCAAUUAGCCAAAAAACCUUGUGUCUGUCAGUCCCCGGCCAAUCUGAUGGCCUUGUCAGAGAUGGCUUGAUUAAAUAGAUUGUGCUAACUAAUGGAGGACAGGAGGGUGUGUGUGUGUGUGUGUGUGUCCAUAUUAGGACAGCCUCAGAGUCGCAAGGACACCAACUCCCUGUGACUCUGAGGCUGUCCUAAUAUGAAUACCAUCCUAAUAUGGAUGCUGUACCGUGGGGGUUGUAUUGUGGUGUUCUAUGUAGACUGGCGUGGGGAGAUCAGAGAGCACAUGGAGCAGCUUCAGCAGCCUGUGACUGAGAGGCUGACUGAUAGGAGAGGUAAACAAAAUGGCUGAAUGCCUUUUGGCAUCAUGCGUUGGAAACUGGGUUCUGGUAGAGGGUCUUUCCUAUUUACUGUACACAGGCGCCUGUCGGCCGGGAAACAUGGCUAACGCUUGGCUGUAGACACAAACAUCUCGCCUAUGCACUAAACAAACUAUGGGUUUGCUUUCUCAAUACAGUUUACCUCACAACUACUUGGGUCUGUUUGUAUAUGGCUAGGGUUGUUUGUGGCUGUGCUGUGAUGGGGCUAGUUUGUUUGUUGUCAUGCGCUUGGGUGGUCAAGUUGGGUUCCAGGCAUUUUCAGAAUGCAGCGGUUACCUCAACUCAGGGUGAGUCCUUGGUCAUUUGUCUGUGAACUGACGGUCGUGUGUGUGUGUGUGUGUGUUUGUGCGCGUGCGUGUGUGUGUGCGGAGGCGGCUGGAUGGCCUGGUCUCUGUGGUCAGCAUGCGAUGACGUAGGGCUUCAGGUACGCAGCCGGGUCUGUGGGGCUCAAGGAUCUGCCCCCUGUGUGGGAAACAACACUGAGCACAGGGACUGCAAUGAGAUUCCAGGUGAGCCAUACACAUCUUCAUCAUACACUACCGGUCAAACGUUUUAGAACACCUACUCAUUCAAGGGUUUUUCUUUAUUUUUACUAUGUUCUACAUUGUAGAAUAAUAGUGAAGACCUCAAUACUAUGAAAUAUAACAUUUGGAAUCAUGUAGUAACCAAAAAAGUGUUAAACAAAUCAAAAUAUAUUUUAUAUUUGAGAUUCAUCAAAUAGCCACCCUUUGCCUUGAUGACAGCUUUGCACACUCUUGGCAUUCUUUCAACCAGCUUCAACUGGAAUGCUUUUCCAACAGUUUUGAAGGAGUUCCCACAUAUGCUGAGCACUUGUUGGCUGCUUUUCCAUCACUCUGCAGUCCGACUCAUCCCAAACCAUCUCAAUUUGGUUGAGGUCGGGAGAUUGUGGAGGCCAGGUCACCUGAUGCAGCACUCCAUCACUCUCCUUCUUGGUCAAAUUGCCCGUACACAGCCUGGAGGUGUGUUGGGUCAUUGUCCUGUUGAAAAACAAAUGAUAGUCCCACUAAGCCCAAACCAGAUGGGAUGGCGUAUCGCUGCAGAAUGCUGUGGUAGCCAUGCUGGUUAAGUGUGCCUUGAAUUCUAAAUAAAUCACAGACAGUGUCACCAGCAAAGCACCCCCACACCAUAACACCACCUCCUCCAUGCUUUACGGUGGGAACUACACAUGCGGAGAUCAUCCGUUCACCCACACCGCGUUUCACAAAGACACGGCGGUUGGAACCAAAAAUCUCAAAUUUGGACUGCAGACCAAAGGACACAUUUCCACCGGUCUAAUGUCCAUUGCUCGUGUUUCUUGGCCCAAGCAAGUCUCUUCUUGUUAUUGGUGUCCUUUAGUAGUGGUUUCUUUGUAGCAAUUCGACCAUGAAGGCCUGAUUCACAUAAUCUCCUCUGAACAGUUGAUGUUGAGAUGUGUCUGUUACUUGAACUCUGUGAAGCAUUUAUUUGGGCUGCAAUUUCUGAGGCUGGUAACUCUAAUGAACUUAUCCUCAGCAGCAGAGGUAACUCUGGGUCUUUUAUUCCUGUGGCGGUCCUCAUGAGGGCCAGUUUCAUCAUAGCGCUUGAUGGUUUUUGUGAUUGCACUUGAAGAAACUUAAAAGUUAUUGAAAUGUUCUGUAUUGACUGACCUUCAUGUCUUAAAGUAAUGAUGGACUGUCGUUUCUCUUUGCUUAUUUGAGCUGUUCUUGCCAUAAUGUGGACUUGGUCUUUUACCAAAUAGGGCUAUCUUCUGUAUAUCACCCCUACCUUGUCACAACACAACUGAUUGGCUCAUACGCAUUAAGAAGGAAAGAAAUUCCACAAAUUAACUUUUAAGAAGGCACACCUGUUAAUUGAAAUGCAUUCCAGGUGACUACCUCAUGAAGCUGGUUGAGAGAAUACCAAGAGUGUGCAAAGCUGUCAUUAAGGCAAUGGGUGGCUAUUUCAAGAAUCUCAAAUAUCAAAUAUAUUUUGAUUUGUUUAACACUUUUUUGGUUACUACAUGAUUCCAUAUGUGUUAUUUCAUAGUUUUGAUGUCUUCACUAUUAUUCUACAAUGUAGAAAAUAGUAAAAAUAAGAAAAAAACCUUGAAUGAGUAGGUGUUCUAAAACUUUGGACCGGUAGUGUAUACGUCAUCAUCAUCACCACCAACAUCAUCAUCAUAACCGUUAUCAUGAUCAUCAUCAUCGUUCAUAAUCAUCACUAUCAUCAUUAUCAUAACCGUGAUCAUCAUCAUCAUCAUCAUCAUCAUCAUCAUCGUCAUCAUUCAUAAACAUAAUUAUCAUCACCAUCCUCGUCAUCACCUCCACCAUUAUCAUAACCACUCUGAGAUAAUAACCAGAUAGUAAGACGCAUCAUACACAUAGGGACAGUUUCUUGGACACAGAUUAAGCCUAGUCCAAUACAAAAAAGCAUGGAUAUUCUCUAUUGAAAGUGCUUUUUAGUCCAUCCAUGACAAGGCUUAAUCUGUCUGGGAAACCGGCCCAUAUGGAAUUUUUAAAAUUAUUAUUAUUGUUUAAUUCACACCUGCACUUUUGGAGCUUGGAGCUUAAGUAUUUCACUGUACACUACAACUACAUCUGUGACCCUGUGCAUGUGACAAAAUGAAAAAUCUAAUCAAAUUUCCCCCACCCCACCAGAAUAAGAUUUUCUAUCUUAAUUUGUGCUAAUCAAGUCUCAGUAAAGCAGGCUUCUUAGAGUGCUCCUCUUAUGAGGACCUUGUUAAGGCUGUUUCCUUUCCUUUAGUUUUAACAGAGUAGUGAUCUUUCCGGCCCUGGCUUUUGAACAGAGCCCUAUAGACAGGUUAGCUGACAACGUCACAAAAAUUAUGCGCGCGCUUGGAAGGGGCAGAAGGCUGUGUGUUGUUGUGGUUCUGGGUGGCCAGAUAGCUAGCCACAAUGACAAGAAGCUGUCAUGAGAGACAAGUGCUCAUUGUGUAACUGUAUUUAUGUUAUCAAUAAACAUUGGAAACCAAAUAUAGUUUACAUGUUGUCAACAAUCGAAGCCCACCCUGUCUGUUUUUCCCCAUUGUUGCUAAACAACCAACCCGUCUAUGGGUCCUGGUCAAAAGUAUACCACUAAAUAGGGAAGAAGGUACCAUUUGGGACGCUGCCCAAAUCACAUCUAAUUUCAUUGCAAUUUUGGACAAGGCGAUGGAAAUCGUAAAGUCACUCUUAUGGCGUGUGACACUCGCUCAGGCGAAAUUGCCCCAAAAUGUAAUCAUAGGAUGGCCGCGUUACAAUUAAAAACACACACCCUCCCCUUCCCCCUCUCCCUCCUGAUGACUGGCUUUAAGUGUCUGUUAAACGUUAUAGAAGCUAGUCUGCACAACAUUCCCAACUGUCUGAAGUAUUCAUUAGUGUUUCAUGAUGUAUGUUUCUUUGUUUGUACUGUGUGUACUGUGUGUACUGUUCUGUAAGUACCAUCUACCAGUUCAAAUCACAGUCUACUCUGAUGUCUUGGAUAUUUCUGUGGGUGGUAAGAAUGUGCAUGUGCUGGUAGCUGACUGUGUGUCUGUCUCUGCAUGUAUGUAUGUCUGUCUGUCUGUGUGUUGUGUUGCAGUGAUUCUCCCUACGUCUGGCUUUGAUAAGGACCAGCAAUGCGGAGGUAAGUGGAUUAACAACCACCUACGUGUGUGUGUGUUCCAUGAAUCCUUUCAUUCAGUCAGCAGGAGGUAAUAGGAGCGCUGUAGGUAUACCCCCCCUUCUCCUCUUCUCCUCCUCCACUUUAAUCUAUCUUUGAGGGGGGAUACCACCAUGUCCGUGCUGAAUCCAUGGCGAUGCUGCACAAGCCUUUGAACCAAUCAUCAGAUGUGGAAUAUGCAUGAGGGGGUACGGACAUUAGAAUGAGGUGUAGGAAGCCUGCUGGGAAGGGUAAUGGUUUGACAAGGCUGUGCCGCCACGCCAUUGGACAGCUUCCAGGAAGACGGCAGGGGCACUGAGGAGGAGGAGCUUGAUACCCUUGAAUGAAUCACCAUUUUACUAGCCUGGUCCCCUCAACGUGACCAAGACAAAGGAGAUGAUUGUGGACUACAGGAAAAGGAGGUCCUAGCACGCCCUCAUUCUCAUCGACGGGGCUGUAGUGGAGCAGGUUGAGAGCUUCAAGUUCCUUGGUGUCCACAUUACCAACAAACUAUCAUGGUCCAAACACACCAAGACAGUCGUGAUGAGGGCACGACAAAGCCUAUUCACCCUCAGGAGACUGAAAAGAUUUGGCAUGGGUCCUCAGAUCCUCAAAAGGUUAUACAGCUGCACCAUUGAGAGCAUCCUGACUGGUUGCAUCACUGCCUGGGAUGGCAACUGCUCGGGCCUCCGACCGCAAGGCACUACAGAGGGUAGUGCGUACGGCCCAGUACAUCACUGGGGCCAAGCUUCCUGCCAUCCAGGACCUCUAUACCAGGCUGUGUCAGAGGAAGGCCCUAAAAAUUGCCAAAGAAUGUUCUCUCUGCUAUCGCACGGCAAGCGGUAGCGGAGCACCAAGUCUAGGUCCAAACGCCUUCUUAACAGCUUCUACCCCCAAGCCAUAAGUCUCCUGAACAGCUAAUCAAAUGGCUACCUGGACUAUUUGCAUUGUCCCCCCCUACCCAACCCAACCCCCUCUUUUUACGCUGCUGCUACUCUGUUUAUUAUCUAUACAAAGUCACUUUACCUCUACCCACAUGUACAUAUUACAUUUUUGUCAUUUAGCAGACGCUCUUAUCUAGAGCGACUUACAGUUAGUGAAUACAUAUAAUUUUUUUAUACUGGCCCCCUGUGGGAAUCGAACCCACAACCCUGCCGUUGCAAACGCCAUGCUCUAUCAACUGAGCUACAUCCCUGCCGGCCAUUCCCUCCCCUACCCUGGACCAAUUGUGCGCCGCCCAUGAGUCUCCCGGUCGCGGCCGGCGGCGACAGAGCCUGGAUUCGAACCAGGAUCUCUAGUGGCACAGUUAGCACUGCGAUGCAGUGCCUUAGACCACUGCGCCACUCAGGAGUUAUUACCUUGACUAACCGGUGCCCCCGCACAUUGACUCAGUACCGGUACCCCCUGUAUAUAGCCUCGCUACUGUUAUUUUACUGCUGCUCUUUAAUUAUUAUUAUUUUUUAACUUAUCUAUUUUUACUUAACACUUAUUUUUCUUAAAACUACAUUGUUGGUUAAGGGCUUGUAAGUAAGCAUUUCACUGUAAGGUCUACACCUGUUUUAUUUGGCGAAUGUGACAAAUAAAAAUGUAUUUGAUAUCUUGCUAACUCCUGAGUUCAUUGUCACUAAGAGAGAGAGAGAGAGAGAGAGAGAGAGAGAGAGAGAGAGAGAGAGAGAGAGAGAGAGAGAGAGAGAGAGAGAGAGAGAGAGAGAGAGAGAGCGAGAGAGAGAGAGAGAGAGAGAGAGAGAGAGAGAGAGAGAGAGAAGAGAGGAGAGAGAGAGAGAGAGAGAGAGAGAGAGAGAGAGAGAGAGAGAUGAGAGAGAAGAGAGAGAGGACGAGAGAGAGAGAGAGAGAGAGAGACUACUAUUGGACUCAGAGAUCUUCUACUCCUCCUCUAUCUGCUGUUCAUUUGAAUUAGAUUUCCCAUUAAUCCUGACUCCUUCCCCUCUUCUCUUUGUUGUUUUUUCCCAUAUCACCUCUCUGCACCUGAUAGCCACAGGCGUGUCCUGUUUCCUGGGGGCGGGCCUUCUGUCCUUCCUGGUCUAUGUGUACUGCCAGCGCUUCCACAAGCCCUCGCAGGAGUCUGCCAUCAUACACCCAACCACGCCCAACCACCUCAACUACAAGGGCAACACCACACCAAAGAACGAGAAGUACACACCCAUGGAGUUCAAGGUAUUGUCACAGGUACAGUAUACAGGGGUUGUCACUCACGCAGACAUGGACGUCCGCAUGCAGACACACACGUGCAUAAACACACACACACAGUUGUUUUACUAACCUUGUGGGGACACACAAUUGAUUCCCAUUCCAAAUCCUAGUUUUCCUAACCCUAGCCCUAACCAUAACCAUAACCCUGACCCUAACCUUAACCCCAAAACUUAACUUUAACCCUAAACCUAACCUUUAACUCCUAAACCUAAUUCUAACACUAAUUCUAACCCUAACCCCCCUAGAAAUAGCAUUUUUCUUUGUGGGGGCUUGCAAAAUGUCCCCAGUUGGUCAAACAAAAAUCAGUUUACUAUUCUUGUGGGGACUUCUGUUCCCCACCAGUAUAGUUAAACAUGUCCACACACACACACACACACACACACACAGACAUAGACACACACACAGACAUAUACACACAGACAUGAACGCACGAUUUUCUGCGUAGCAAAGAGAUGCGGUAACACCAGCCAUUCAUCUGGUUUUGACAGGAUAUUCCUUAUGUCUAGGGUUAUUUCAUUAUAUGAGGAUGAGUAAUGUUGAGAACUCAGAACUCUUAUUUUCCUUACUCCAUGGAGCCUCACAGCCUCAGUCCUUAUUAAUGGACCCUUUUAGGCUGUUAUAGCCAUGGACUUCCACUGCUGUCUAUAAUGCUGGAACCAUCAUCUCUUGAGAAAAGCAUCAGCCAAAACCUCGGGGCUGGCUCAACUAUAUUGAAUUCAAUAAUACAUGUAAAGUCAAGCUGCACCUGCCUGCCCCACCUUUCCUCUGUUUUGGACCUAUCACCUGCUUGUGCCUAUGAGCCACCUUCCGAUCCCAUCGAUCCGUCCCACCAUGGCAUUGCCAUUCCUACAUACGUCAGGGUUAGCCCUAGGACCAAGGUCAUGAUUCACCUAGUAAACAUAGUUCCAUAUUAUUUUGCCUCCUAAUUAGUCAAGUACUGUGCUAGGACGGUCUGUAUCUCAGGUGAUGGUUGGUGCUUCUCAGAAGGACACCUGAUUGUUUUUCUAAAGCUGUCAGCCACAGGCUGGCUGAGUGAUGUGUUGUGGUACAGUAGUUGAGGCUGGGUCCUAGUACCCUGAUGAUCAGAGCCAUACAGUGAGAGCAGAAGCUUAAUAGCAUAAGGAUGGCUAGGCAGGCCCUGUGUAGCUCAGUUGGUAGAGCAUGGCGUUUGCAACGCCAGGGUUGUGGGUUCGAUUCCCACGGGGGGCCAGUAUGAAAAUAUGUAUGCACUCACUAACUGUAAGUCGCUCUGGAUAAGAGCGUCUGCUAAAUGACUAAAAUGUAAAUACCACAGGUAGCUAGCUAACUAUUAGCCUGACAUCCUAACUGAUUUCGCUAUGUUUAACCUGUGAGCACAGCAUACAGUCUGGUUUAACCAGGUUAGCUAGCUAGAGCCACUCGCUCAACCUGAGAACUACUGCUGUUACCAUUGGUCUUUCUUCACAGGCUCUCACCGCCCUCCUCCAGGGUGUUUCAAAAUGGCUGACGUUGUUGUGCAUUACACUGAUUCUGUAACCCAAUUAUACAGAGCAGCGUUUGGCCAAGAGCUGUUAAGAUAAAUUACAUUACUGAGCAGCCCUCCGUAGUGUUCCCUCCGUCGGCUUGUUGUGGCUUCUAGCCGCCGCGACCUGCCUGUAAAGUGCAAGUGCAUUAUGUUAAGGCUGCGUCCCAAAUGGCACCCCAUUGCCUAUAUAGUGCACUACUUUCCAAAUUGGCCUUGGUCAAAAGUAGCACACUAUAAAGGGAAAAGGGUUCCAUUUGGAAUGCAAUCCUACAGUAAAUGUAUUUUUUGUGCAGUUUCCACAUUAAAAGGGACCUACUGUAAUUUAUUCAUGCCUCUCAUGUUUGUUAAUUGAUUAUGCUUGAUUUGUGGCUGCUAAAUCACAUUUGUUGAAGUUUUUUACCCUUGCUUAAAGAUGCACUUACAGUUGAAGUCAGAAGUUUACAUACACUUAGGUUGGAGUCAUUAAAACUCGUUUUUCAACCACUCCACAAAUUUCUUGUUAACAAACUAUAGUUUUGGCAAGUCGGUUAGGACAUCUACUUUGUGCAUGACACAAGUAAUUUUUCCAACAAUUGUUUACAGACAGAUUAUUUAACUUAUAAUUCACUGUAUCACAAUUCCAGUGGGUCAAAAGUUUACAUACACUAAGUUGACUGUGACUUUAAACAGCUUGGAAAAUGUAUGGCUUUAGAAGCUUCUGAUAGGCUAAUUGACAUAAUUUGAGUCAAUUGGAGGUGUACCUGUGGAUGUAAUUCAAGGCCUACCUUCAAACUCAAUGCCUCUUUGUUUGACAUCAUGGGAAAAUCAAAAGAAAUCAGCCAAGACCUCAGGAAAAAAAUUGUAGACCUCCACAAGUCUGGUUCAUCCUUGGGAGCAAUUUCCAAAUGCCUGAAGGUUCCACGUUCAUCUGUACAAACAAUAGUACGCAAGUAUAAACACCAUGUGACCACACAGCGUCAUACCGCUCAGGAAGGAGACAUGUUCUGUCUUCUAGAGACUAACGUACUUUGGUGCGAAAAGUGCUAAUCAAUCCCAGAACAACAGCAAAGGACCUUGUGAAGAUGCUGGAGGAAACAGGUACAAAAGUAUCUAUAUCCACAGUAAAACGAGUCCUAUAUAGACAUAACCUGAAAGGCCACUCAGCAAGGAAGAAGCCACUGCUCCAAAACCGCCAUAAAAAAGCCAGACUACAGUUUGCAACUGCACAUGGGGACAAAGAUCGUACUUUUUGGAGACAUGUCCUCUGGUCUGAUGAAACAAAAAUAUAACUGUUUGGCCAUAAUGACCAUCGUUAUGUUUGGAGGAGAAAGGGGAAGGCUUGCAAGCCAAAGAACACCAUCCCAACCGUGAAGCACGGGGGAGGCAGCAUCAUGCUGCAGGAGGGACUGGUGCACUUCACAAAAUAGAUGGCAUCAUGAGGAAGGAAAAUUAUGUGGAUAUAUUGAAGCAACAUCUCAAGACAUCAGUCAGGAAGUUAAAGCUUGGUCGCAAGUAGGUCUUCCAAAUGGACAAUGACCCCAAGCAUACUUUCAAAGUUGUGGCAAAAUGGCUUAAGGACAACAAAGUCAAGGUAUUGGAGUGGCCAUCACAAAGCCCUGACCUCAAUCCUAUAGAACAUUUGUGGGCAGAACUGAAAAAGCGUGUGCGAGCAAGGAGGCCUACAAACCUGACUCAGUUAAACCAGCUCUGUCAGGAGGAAUGGGCCAAAAUUCACCCAACUUAUUGUGGGAAGCUUAUGGAAGGCUACCCAAAAUGUUUGACCCAAGUUAAACAAUUUAAAGGCAAUGCUACCAAAUACAGUGAGGGAAAAAAGAAUUUGAAAUGUCAAAAUAAUAGUAGAGAGAAUUAUUUAUUUCAACUUUUAUUUCUUUCAUCACAUUCCCAGUGAGUCAGAAGUUUACAUACACUCAAUUUGUACAGUGAGGGAAAAAAGUAUUUGAUUUUGUACGUUUGCCCACUGACAAAGAAAUGAUCAGUCUAUAAUUUUAAUGGUAGGUUUAUUUGAACAGUGAGAGACAGAAUAACAACAACAAAAAUCCAGAAAAACGCAUGUCAAAAAUGUUAUAAAUUGAUUUACAUUUUAAUGAGGGAAAUAAGUAUUUGACCCCUCUGCAAAACAUGACUUAGUACUUGGUGGCAAAACCCUUGUUGGCAAUCACAGAGGUCAGAUGUUUCUUGUAGUUGGCCACCAGGUUUGCACACUUCUCAGGAGGGAUUUUGUCCCACUCCUCUUUGCAGAUCUUCUCCAAGUCAUUAAGGUUUCGAGGCUGACGUUUGGCAACUCGAACCUUCAGCUCCCUCCACAGAUUUUCUAUGGGAUUAAGGUCUGGAGAAUGGCUAGGCCACUCCAGGACCUUAAUGUGCUUCUUCUUGAGCCACUCCUUUGUUGCCUUGGCCGUGUGUUUUGGGUCAUUGUCAUGCUGGAAUACCCAUCCACGACCCAUUUUCAAUGCCCUGGCUGAGGGAAGGAGGUUCUCACCCAAGAUUUGACAGUACAUGGCCCCGUCCAUUGUCCCUUUGAUGCGGUGAAGUUGCCCUGUCCCCUUAGCAGAAAAACACCCCCAAAGCAUAAUGUUUCCACCUCCAUGUUUGACGGUGGGGAUGGUGUUCUUGGGGUCAUAGGCAGCAUUCCUCCUCCUCCAAACACGGCGAGUUGAGUUGAUGCCAAAGAGCUCCAUUUUGGUCUCAUCUGACCACAACACUUUCACCCAGUUCUCCUCUGAAUCAUUCAGAUGUUCAUUGGCAAACUUCAGACGGGCAUGUAAAGUGGGGAGAACAAGUAUUUGAUACACUGCCGAUUUUGCAGGUUUUCCUACUUACAAAGCAUGUAGAGGUCUGUAAUUUUUAUCGUAGGUACACUUCAACUGUGAGAGACGGAAUCUAAAACAAAAAUGCAGAAAAUCACAUUAUAUGAUUUUUAAGUUAUUAAUUUGCAUUUUAUUGCAUAACAUAAGUAUUUGAUCACCUACCAACCAGUAAGAAUUCUGGCUCUCACAGACCUGUUAGUUUUUCUUUAAGAAGCCCUCCUUUUCUCCACUCAUCACCUGUAUUAACUGCACCUGUUUGAACUCGUUACCUGUAUAAAAGACACCUGUCCACACACUCAAUCAAACAGACUCCAACCUCUCCACAAUGGCCAAGACCAGAGAGCUGUGUAAGGACAUCAGGGAUAAAAUUGUAGACCUGCACAAGGCUGGGAUGGGCUACAUGACAAUAGGCAAGCAGCUUGGUGAGAAGGCAACAACUGUUGGCGCAAUUAUUAGAAAAUGGAAGAAGUUCAAGAUGACGGUCAAUCACCCUCGGUCUGGGGCUCCAUGCAAGAUCUCACCUCGUGGGGCAUCAAUGAUCAUGAGGAAGGUGAGGGAUCAGCCCAGAACUACACGGCAGGACCUGGUCAAUGACCUGAAGAGAGCUGGGACCACAGUCUCAAAGAAAACCAUUAGUAACACACUACGCCGUCAUGGAUUAAAAUCCUGCAGCGCACGCAAGGUCCCCCUGCUCAAGCCAGCACAUGUCCAGGCCCUUCUGAACUUUGCCAAUGACCAUCUGGAUGAUCCAAAGGAGGAAUGGGAGAAGGUCAUGUGGUCUGAUGAGACAAAAAUAUAGCUUUUUGGUCUAAACUCCACUCGCCGUGUUUGGGGGAAGAAGAAGUAUGACCAUCCCAAGAACACCAUGCCAACCGUGAAGCAUGGAGGUGGAAACAUCAUUCUUUGGGGAUGCUUUUCUGCAAAGGGGACAGGACGACUGCACCGUAUUGAGGGGAGGAUGGAUGGGGCCAUGUAUCGCGAGAUCUUGGCCAACAACCUCCUUCCCUCAGUAAGAGCAUUGAAGAUGAUUGGGUCUUCCAGCAUGACAACGACCCGAAACACACAGCCAGGGCAACUAAGGAGUGGCUCCGUAAGAAGCAUCUCAAGGUCCUGGAGUGGCCUAGCCAGUCUCCAGACCUGAACCCAAUAGAAAAUCUUUGGAGGGAGCUGAAAGUCCGUAUUGCCCAGCGACAGCCCCGAAACCUAAAGGAUCUGGAGAAGGUCUGUAUGGAGGAGUGGGCCAAAAUCCCUGCUGCAGUGUGUGCAAACCUGGUCAAGACCUACAGGAAACGUAUGAUCUCUGUAAUUGCAAAAAAAGGUUUCUGUAACAAAUAUUAAGUUCUGCUUUUCUGAUGUAUCAAAUACUUAUGUCAUGCAAUAAAAUGCAAAUUAAUUACUUAAAAAUCAUACAAUGUGAUUUUCUGGAUUUUUGUUUUAAAUUCCAUCUCUCACAGUUGAAGUGUACCUAUGAUAAAAAUUACAGACCUCUACAUGCUUUGUAAGUAGGAAAACCUGCAAAAUCAGCAGUGUAUCAAAUACUUGUUCUCCCCACUCUAUAUGUGCUUUCUUGAGCAGGGGGACCUUGUGGGCGCUGCAGGAUUUCAGUCCUUCACGGCGUAGUGUGUUACCAAUUGUUUUCUUGGUGACUAUGGUCCCAGCUGCCUUGAGAUCAUUGACAAGAUCCUCCCGUGUAGUUCUGGGCUGAUUCCUCACCAUUCUCAUUAUCAUUGCAACUCCACGAGGUGAGAUCUUGCAUGGAGCCCCAGGCCGAGGGAGAUUGACAGUUCUUUUGUGUUUCUUCCAUUUGCGAAUAAUUGCACCAACUGUUGUCACCUUCUCACCAAGCUGCUUGGCGAUGGUCUUGUAGCCCAUUCCAGUCUUGUGUAGGUCUACAUUCUUGUCCCUGACAUCCUUGGAGAGCUCUUUGGUCUUGACCAUGGUAGAGAGUUUGGAAUCUGAUUGAUUGAUUGCUUCUGUGGACAGGCAUCUUUUUUACAGGUAACAAGCUGAGAUUAGGAGCACUCCCUUUAAGAGUGUGCUCCUAAUCUCAGCUCGUUACCUGUAUAAAAGACACCUGGGAGCCAGAAAUCUUUCUGAUUGAGAGGGGGUCAAAUACUUAUUUUCCUCAUUAAAAUGCAAAUCAAUUUUUAUAAAAAUUUACAUGCGUUUUUCUGGAUUUUUGUUGUUGUUAUUCUGUCUCACACUGUUCAAAUAAACCUACCAUUAAAAUUAUAGACUGAUCAUUUCUUUGUCAGUGGGCAAACGUACAAAAUCAGCAGGGGAUCAAAUACUUUUUUACCUCACUGUACAAAUUGAGUGUAUCUAAACUUCUGACUCACUGGGAAUGUGAUGAAAGAAAUAAAAGCUGAAAUAAAUCAUUCUCUCUACUAUUAUUUUGACAUUUCAAAUUCUUAAAAUAAAGUGGUAAUCCUAACUGACCUAAGACAGAGACUUUUUACUAGGAUUAAAUGUCAGGAAUUGUGAAAAACUGAGUUUUAAUGUGUUUGGCUAAGGUGUAUGUAAACUUCCGACUUCAACUGUACAGUACCCAGCACUGUAGCCCACUUUUCAACUUGUAAGAAUAUAAUAUAUUGAUAUUGCUCCUGUCUGAGUCAUUGGUAAACUAAACCAUCUGUUAUAACACUGUUCUGAAACUCUUAUGUCACUGUUAUAACACUGUUCUGACUGUUUUCUCUACUCUUCCCACCUCACCCAGACACUAUCAGUAUGUUACACUUUACUGUACGUACCUUUUACAGUGUUUUCUGUCUAAUUUUCUAGCCAUUGUCACCUGUUAUGACUGUGUUCUCUCCUCUUCCAGACCCUGAACAAGAACAACCUGCUCCCAGACGAGAGGUCUAACUUCUACCCAACGCCCCUGCCGCAAACUAACGUUUACACCACCACCUACUACCCCACAGCGCUGGGAAAAUACGACUACAACAGGCCUGACUCCUCCCCUUCCCCCUGCAGAACCUAUAACCACAGCUGA